GGGAACUUUCGUUUCAGUAACUACACUCAUUGGAACCUCACUUGGGCUCGACGCAGCUGUGGUCGCAGGUAAAAUUCAGGGGAUUGUCUGAUUAUACAGUUUACGGCAUUUGUUGUCAUUGAAGAUUUACCUCCUUCCCCUCCCUUUUCCUACCCAAGAAUAGUAUUGCAGGUAAUUUCUCCUGUAUUUUAAUCGCCUCUGUGAGAGCUCAUGUGAGAAACAUAUGUUCAUAACAUGUGUGCAGUUUACCCGAGUAUAGUCUGAAUGUGUUGGUUUAUAUACUUGUUUUUUUUUAUUUUUUAUUACCCCAUGUGUGAUACUAUACAAAUCAAGCGAGAUAUUUCUUUAUUGGAAGGCAUGACUCAGAAUUAAAAGUUACCUGCAUUGAUUUACACGCUUGAUUUGGUGUAAUAUUUUGGACUUUUAGUGGUGUUUAAAUUACUCUGUAAGCAAGAGUGUGCAUUAGGCAAAUGGUACAUAGUACUUUUACUCUUCUCUUGAAUAUUGUACAAAAAGCAGUAUAAUUAGUGUUUUAUUAUAUAUAUGGAACACUCCAAGCACUACCACUACUACAGCUUACUGUAGAGGGUGUGGUACUGAAGUCCCCUGUUGUAGGUAGCCAAACUGGCUCCUCUAAUAAUGGAGAUCUUGGAAUUAGCUGCAUGGGCUCAGAGUGUAGCCUGGUGUCACUAAGAAAGAAACACUCUAGUCACCAAAACAACUCUAGCUUAACCCCUUCAGGACGGAGUCAAUAGUGCACAUUCUGAACAAAACAAACAAAAACUGGAAUUUGCGCUAUAUGUCUGUUCAACCGUAAUUCACCGCUGUCACAUUAAGUGCACCCACACUUAUUAUAUAUCAUUUUGUUCAGGAGAACCAGGGCUUUAAUUUACCAUUAACUAUUCAUAAAUGGAACAUCAUUUAUUAUGAAUAAAAUUUACCCCCCACCCCCCCCUUAACAGGUUUUAUGGUGUUUUGUAAAGUUACAGGGUCAAAUAUAGCACAUUACAUUUUCAAAUUGAAAUUUGCCAGAUUACUAAUGUUACCUUUGAGAUGUUGUGGUAGCCCAGGAAUGAGAAUUACCCCAAUAAUGGCAUAUGAUUUGAAAAAAGUAGACAACCCAAGGUAUUGAAAGUGGGGUAUGUUUAGUCUUUUUUAGUAGCCACUUAGUCACAAACACUGGCCAAAGUUAGCGUUCAUAUUUGUUUUUGUGUGAAAAAAGCAAAAAAUGAAUAUUUGGCCAGUGUUUGUGACUAAGUGGCUACUAAGAAAGACUGGACAUACCCCAUUUGCAAUACCUCGGGUUGUCUAUUUUUGCAAAUGGUAUGCCAUCAUGGGGGUAAUUCUCAUUCCUGGGCUACCAUACACACUCAAAGGCAAUAUAAACAAUCUGGCAAAUUUCAAUGUGAAAAAAAUGAAAUGCAAGCCUUAUAUGUGACUCUCUAACUUUCCAAAACACCAAAAAACCUGUACAUGGGGGGUACUGUUAUUCUCGGGAGACGUCACUAAACACAAAUAUUAGUGUUUUAAAACAGUAAAACAUAUUUCAACAAUAAUAUAGUCCAUAAAAGAGCCGUUCGUUUGUAAAAAAUGCAAAAACCGUCACUCUUACUUAAAUUUUAUUACAACAAUGAUAUUUUAUCAUUUUGAAACACUAAUAUUUGAGUUCAGCAAAGUCUCCCGAGUAAAUCAGUACCCCCUAUGUACAGGUUUUAUGGUGUCUUGGAGAGUUAAAGGGUCAAAUAUAGUGCUUGUGAAUUAAUCAAAUCACAUAAUUGUGUUAAAAGACUUAAAUAUACACGUAGAAUUUUAAUAUAUAUGCAUUUAUAGGUAUUUAAAUUCUAUGUGUAUGCUAAUGUAAUCUUUUAUGUAAUUAUAUGUGUAUAUAUAUUUGUAUUUUAUAUAUAUAGAUAGAUAUAUAGAAUGUCAUUCUAAGUGUAUUUUGUUACCAAUAUAUAUAUAUUAACAAAAUACAGUUAGAAUGAAAUUACAUAUGAAUAUAUAAUUUAUAUAAAAUUUUGUUUCAAUAUUUUAUUUAUUGUAAUUAUACGUAUAUAUGUGAUGUGUAUAUAUCUAUUUUAUAUAUAUAUAUAUAUAUAUAUACAUAUUAUAUAUAUGUAACGUCAUUCUGUGUAUUUUAAUACUAAUAUAUGUACUUAUAUUAAUAAUAAAUACACUUUGUAUGACGUUACAUAUAUAUAAUAUGUAUAUAUAUAUAAAAAUACAUUUAUUUUAAUUUUACACAUGUUUAAUUCUUUUUUUUUCACCAGCAGGGGGACUGUCUGACAUUUCAGACAGUCCCCCUGCUGGCAGAUCCACAGCCAGCUAUAGGGGGGCUCAUUUGCCAGGGUAGGGCUGCCUGGGCUGUCAGGCAGCCCUCCAGAAGAGGAUCGCGGCGGAGGUAAGUCCACCGGACCUCCAGCGGCUGCAAGCCGUUACGGCGUUCUAUGCCGCCGCAACGGCUUUAAUGCCCGUUUAAUGCGGGGCGGCAUAGAACGGCGUUAAGGGGGUUAAUGGAACACUGUAGUGUCAUUAUUAUUGGUAUUUGUAUAGCGCCAACUAAUAGUCUCAGUAUACAAACGUGUGUUUCUGACACUAUAUAGUUCUUGAAUAACAGUUUAGGUGGCUACCCCCACUGUGAAAAGAGUUAAAGGUGAUUUUGCUCCCCUUUUUCCAUUGCUGCGUGGGUCUCCUUGCGGCAGGCUCCGCAACCGCUCCACCCCUUUGCUGAGAUCAUGAAACUUGGUGAUCUUAGCCUCCCAAUGUUUCCUAUGGGAAAGCAUUGGAUUGGCUAUCACGUAUGAACAGCGCCAAUUAUUUAUAUAUACAAUAUUUUCUUAUAUUGAAUGGGGAGACCGCAGAGACACUGAACAUCAGUGCUACACAUUAUGCAGCACUGACCUGGGAAACACUGCUAGUGACCAUCUGCGUGACUGCCUCUAGAGUUGUUCCUAGGCAAUAAUAUAAACACUGCCUUUUUUCUGAAAAGGUGGUAGGCAGUGUUUAUAUUAAAAAGACUGCAGGGACAGGCAGUAGACACCAGAACAACUACAUUAAGUUAUAGUUGUUCUGAUGAUUAUAGUGUCCCUUUAAUGAAGCAGUUUUAGUGUAUAGAUUGUAUUCAGUUGUCUGCCAUUUAUGCAUUAAAGCACCACUGAUACCGUCUGCGAAUUUGUCAAAGUCCCCCAACAUUGACAUUGCCGUUGAUGGUCCGGUGGCUGCAGGACUCUGCCUUGAGUCUAAAAAGGCAGGUGGAGGAAAAAUACACAGAUAACAUAGUCUCUACUUUGUCUAUGUAUGUCUCUUCACUGGUUUGGAAUUUCAGUAAAAUUCCAAUACAGUCCAAAUGAGCAUUUCAUAAAGAUUCUAUCUAUGAAAUAUUAAUUUUUCAGAGGCCAGGUGAAGGUGUCACUUUAACUCUUUGUUUAUGCAGCCCUGUCCACACCUCCCUACAUGUGACUCACACAGCCUUCUUGAACACUUCCUGUAAAGAGAAAUGUUUAAGCUACCUUUAAUGCACAGUCUGUUUAAUUUAGAAUGUCUUAUCUCCUGCUCUGUUUAUAGCCUUCUAGAUCCAGCAGGACCCUACUAUGUGUGAUGAAAGUUUAAUUUACAGAGUAAGAGACUUCCAAAGCAAGUUAACAUCAGAUUGAAAAUGUAUCAAUUUUUUUCCAUGCAGGCUGUCUGAGUAGGGGGAAGAGUGGCUAGGGCUGCAUAAACAGAAACACGUGAUUAAACUCCUAAAUGGCAGGGCUUCUGUCGCUCUAUAGAUGUAGUAGAGGGAGGCUGGAAGAGAUCUCCAUAAGGAAAAGCCUGUAGUGGGUGUCAGGAUGACAGCCACUCAGUGUAUUCUCUGGUACAGGUGACUUUACCAUAGAUGGGACCUGUGUAUAAAACCGAAAAAAUGAAGUAACUAAUAGAUGUGUAAAAGUGAACAGAGGAGCUAUUAUUGUUAACCUUACAACACCACUAAGCAGAUAAAAUACUUAUACACAUUCAUUUAAUCUCUGUGUAUAAAACCACUUAAAGGAUUAACUGGAGUAGGCUACAGGGAGAACUUGGCAUUGGCAUAUGUUCUAAAUAAGUUUUUUUUUUUGUUUUGUUUGUUUUGUUCUUGUAUUUGUGACAGUUUAUUAUAAUAUAGAUUUCAACAGAAAUAUGCACUUUUUUCUAUUUGGGACAGAAACACCCAACACCUACACAGCCAGGGAGGUUUUCUCCUGAUUCCGUGCAGUAGCCCAGCUGUCCUGGACUAGGUGCACUACCAUUCUCAAUGAGCUGCCGCUCAUUUUAAAGCCACAAUCACGGGGGCGGAGCUAGGCCAUCAAGCAUGACAGAUGUGUGUAAAGCGUGCUCCUGCUGCAAGGGUCGAAUUGUGGAUAAAAUGCUAACCUACCUACCAUAUCGCACUGCUUCUGCUGAGAAAUCCCAGGUGAUGCAUUGAGACCUCCAAAGAGACUUCCCUCCACCGGGAACCCGGGAAAUUAAGCUAAGGCCUACUGGCAAAGGAGAGGCGGCCGAUCGCCUUGUCACAGUUUCCACGAAGGGCUGCACAGCGCUCCUCUCCCCCCCCCCCUCAGGACCGGUGGGGUUAUCCCAGUCCCCACUGAACCUGUUUUGGGACAUUGAUACUGCACAUACCGUUCGACUAGAACUUACUCUAUACAGUACAGCGAGUACUUGAUCUCUACGAAAUGGCGGACGCAACUUCUGUUGACAAACAGAGCCUGAGUCCAUCCAGACACAUGUACUUCCACUCGAUUGAAUCAGGACUGGACAAGAUCUUCAAAGCCUUCUGGCUGAAGCUUUCAGAGCAUAUGAAUGCAUCUCCUCCUGAGCCGACGGAAGGAGAGCGCUGGUGGCAGAAGUGAGCGGCAGUAUAGCCAGCCAAAAGCUGAACUGCCAUACCGUAUGCCGACCCAUCUCGAGAGGUCAGACCUCUCUGCAUCAGCCACACAGGCUUAAUUUCAUGUGCCGCAGUCUACGUAACAGAACGAGAUCCUCCGACCGCCCCAGGAUGAGGAUAGACUUGGCCCCCAGGAUACACAAAGUCUGUGGUUCGUGGAUGCUGGCACACAGAAAGGCCUGGGACUGGUUGGGGGGACCUGACCCAACAAGGUAUUGCAGCUGUCCACAUGUACUCUCUUGGACGCACUCUUGCCUUGCUGCUCAGGGGGAUUAGCUGAUCGGGGUUUUGGAACAUAACAUGCCUCACACAUGGGCCUCAUGCUAGCAUUUGCCAUUCUCUCUAUUAUUUGUUAUAGAUGCUGUGAUAAAGUGAAGGCAGAUAGGCCUUUUAACCCCAGGGGAAGUACGUGUAGUUUGUGUGUUGCACAACACAAAACACUGUUUAGUUAUGGGCCCCUGGGGUGGAGCAUUUGGAGAGAAGGGUGGGCCAAUGCUCCACUCCACAGUUUAGUGGUUUUCUGGGGAGACAUGGAUCCAGGCCAGGAUUUUUUGGAUCGUCUCCAACCCACUGCUCAGCUGCAGUUAAUGAGCUGUUGCAGUGGGAAUAAACUCCAGGUAAAGGAGAGGGAUUGCUGGCUUCCUCCCAGGAAGCAGGUAGGAGAGAGAGGCUGUUCUCUCCAGAUAGAGUCAAGGAGACUAGGCAUUUGGAGUGCAGAAAGGAAGCAGUCAGGGCAAGGCUGGCUUGGAGCACUGGGAGUGCAGAAAGGAAAGCAGUCAGGGCAAGGCUGGCUUGGAGCACUGGGAGUGCAGAAAGGAAAGCAGUCAGGGCAAGGCUGGCUUGGAGCACUGGGAGUGCAGAAAGGAAAGCAGUCAAGGCAAGGCUGGCUUGGAGCAUUGGGAGUGGAGAAAGGAAAGCAACAGGCUAGCUAGCAGAGUGUUGCUAUCUAGUAAGGUUGGUGCCAUAUGUUUUUGUUAGUUUAACCCUGAUAGAGAGGGAUAUACAAAGUGAGUUAGUGCUCAGACGAGCUAGGUUUUUCGUUUAUAGGGUUUUCUGUUACAGUUAUGUUUUUCAUUUACUGCUGUAUCCUGUGUGGAUUUAACAAUAAAGUGACUGGAUUAUAUCUAAAGCAAAGGACUGUGCAUGUUUUUGCCCUAGAGGACCGUGCUACCUGCUGACAAGGAUCACAAUGCCCAGUUAAUGUUUGCUCUACCUCUCAUACCUUGCAGCUAUCAACCUGCUAAGUGCAGCUGUCCAGAGAUGCUCGUUUCAGUGGAGAACUUUCCAAGUUAAUGAAGCAUUUCCAGUACCCUCUAACACAAGGGUUCUCAACCCAGUCCUCAGGACCCCCUACCAGUCCAGGAUUUGGGGAUUACCUGGGUGUGUCUCAGGUGUUUAGAAAAAGGGAAAAAAACACCUUAGACUCUAAGGUGUUUUUUUUUUUUUUUUUCUUUUUCUUAACACCUUAGACACACCCAGGUAAUCCCUAAACCCUGGACUGGUAGGGGGUCCUGAGGACUAACGUUGAGAACCCAUGCUCUAACAGAUCAUCUUAUACCUAUUGCGACCCAUCAUUAAUGCUAUCUACCAGUCUGUUACACCUGUCAUGCUUUGAGUAACUCUAAGAGGGUUAGCAUGUUAUCGUAACUUACUUUUACAUACUGUAAUGCAAAAGUGCAACUAUUUUGAAUGUUAAGUCACUAUACUCUACAGCCUGUUUAGCUAUACGUAUGAAUGCCGAGAUGACUUAUUAAGCUUUAUGUUAUUGUUUGCACAAUCUGUUUUAUAUCCAACAACAAAAAUACGAGGCUGGACUCUCAAGGAAUGUAUUUUAUGACUUGAUGUAACUUUCCUUUUAAUCUGUAUCGUCAUGCAUUUACCUGCCUCAAUAAAAGAAAGAUUAACAAAAAAAUUAAAAUAAAGCCACAAAUGCAUGCACCUGCAGUUCCAACUUGGAGGCUUAUUAGUUAAAAGCCUCUAACUGCUUUAUUCACAGACACAGAGGGCUUAUAAAGGUUGCAAGCAGCAGGUCUGCAGCUUUUACAAGGUGUUUUUCCAUAUAAUCCCAAAGAAAACAUGCUAAAAAAUAAUAUAGUCCUGGAAACCUUAAGAAACCACAUUUCCCCCCCUCAUAUCCACAUCUAUGCAUGUAUGGCAGCAAUUCAAUUCAAUUCAGGUCUGUUUUAUUCCAUAACAGGCACACCUCAUCCUACUUAAGAGGUAUUGAUUAGGUGCUUAGCACUGUCUUCUACUAUGCCAAAACAUUUGAAAAAGGUUAUUUUGGAGGAAAACUUUCUCGCCAGAACUACCUUUGUGGUCAUCAAAAUAUGUAUUAUUAUCAGGGUUUUUUUUUUUUAAUAGGCAUGCUAGGCCACCCGUGAUGUAAAAGCUCAGUGGAGUAAAAGGUAUAUUUACUUAACAUAUUACAUUUAUAUGAUCUUUAAUAUGCCUCCGUAGCCUUUUUUUUUUUUAUUUUUAUUUUUUUGCUGCUCAAAUUGCCACCAUAUGUGAGGAUAAUCCCCUUUCCCUAUUUCACAUCUCCAGCAUUUAUUUUGCAUAUCUUUAAAUAUGUUUGCAUAUCUUUAUAAGUUUUUCUGGGACCAUGUACCAUCUAUUUACUAAUUUUAUAGAAAUUCUCUACAAUAUUUAAGCAGUGUACUGUUUUGUUGACAUUUACUUUAGCCAAUAGCCAACAUUUGUUAGUGAUUUCUAUAUUAAGAUCUUUUCCCCAGCUAAUUUUAGCCUUCAAGUCAAAGUUCUUUUUUAUCUCUUUUACAAGUUCAAAACAUCUAGAUAUGUGACCUUUCUGCUUUUAAUUGAUGAUGAUAUUUCUUAGACUAUUAUUACCCUCUUCAAGAUUAAAUUUCAAAUAUUUCCCCAGAAAAUACUUGAUUCUGAGAUAUGUGAAGAUCUCUUUACUUUGAAGUCCGAGCUGUGCUUGUAUCUGGUUGAAGGGCUUAAUUUCCUUUUUUUAUUAUUCAUUCAUUAAUAGUCUUUAUUCUGGCCAACAACCAAUUACUAAUAAUUAAAUGACCAUUAUAGUGCCAGGAAAACAUACUCGUUUUCCUGGUACUAUAGUGCCCUGAGGGUGUCCCCACCCUCAGGGACCCCCUCCCGCCCAGCUCUGGAAGGGGGAAAGGGGUAAAAACUUACCUUUUUCCAGCACUGGGCGGAGAGUUCUCCUCCCCGUCGGCUGAAUGCGCACGCGUGGCAAAAGCUGCGCGCGCAUUCAGCCGGUCACAUAGGAAAGCAUUCGUAAUGCUUUCCUAUGGACGCUGGCGUGCUCUCACUGUGAAAAUCACAGUGAGAAGCACGCAAGCGCCUCUAGCGGCUGUCAAUGAGACAGCUGCUAGAGGAAAUAGGGGAAGGCUUAACCCAUUCAUAAACAUAGCAGUUUCUCUGAAACUGCUAUGUUUAUGAAAAAAAUGGGAUAACCCUAGCUGGACCAUUAAGCUGAAGUGGUCUGGGUGCCUAGAGUGGUCCUUUAAGUCUUCCAUAUUACCAGAAAUCACCUCUAUUGACAAGAAAUUAAACAAUCUAUUUUCUAUCUAAUAAUCUUUUUUUUUUUUUUAAAUCAAUACCAGACUUUCAGGAUAUUCCCCAUAACCAAUGACUUUUCUUAGGCCACUGUAAUGUUAACUUAAUUUUUUGGACAGUAAAAAAACAAACAAACCAGACUUUCUUUUCCCAUCUAUUCUGACUCUAUUUGGUACCAGGCUUCUUCUUUUUGAUCCCUACUUUGAGUGAUAAUGGCGUGUGCCAACAUACAAGCAUUAUGAUAUUCUAUUAUAUUCAGAGCUGCUAAUCCCCCAUCUUUUUUUUUUUUCUUCGAUAAUAUAUUUACAUUUAUUCUGGGUUUCUUCCCUUUCCAAAUGAAUCUAGAAAAAGCUGACUGUGUCAUUUUCAACCAGGGUAAGAGAACUUGUACCGGUAGCGUUCUAAAAAUGUAAUUCCACUUGGGCAGGAUAUAUGAUCGUAUUUAUUCGUUCCAACCAGGAAAUCUCCUUACCCAUCCAUUAUUUUAAGAUUUUAUUCGUAUAUUUUAUAAGAGGAAGAAAAUUUGCUUCUAUUAUUUUGUGUUUUUUUUUUAAUUUUAAUAACCAAAAAUUUAAUAUUCUCCUUUGCCCAAAUAAAAUUACAUGUUCUAAUAAAAUUCCUGUCCUCGGUAUCCAUCUUUCUUGUCAUUAUAAUGGUCUUAUUCAUAUUUAAUUUAUAAUUUGAAUAUUCACUAUAAUGUCCUAUUACCUUGAUCAAUUCCGGCAGAGAAGACAUCGUCCGCGUAUAAAGUAAUUUUAUGUUCUGUUUUUUUCAUCCAUAUCCUACAUUCUAUUUAUUGCUUCUUAUAUCUGCAGCUAGGGGUUCUAUUGUUAGAACAUAUAAUAAAGGCGACAGGGGGCAGCCCUGUCUAGUGCCAUUUGUUAUAGUGAACCAUUCUGCAUCUUUCCUGGUCCUACUGUCCUAGCUGAAGGUACCGGAUAUAGCGCCAUUAUUGCGUUGUGCACAUCGCCCACCAAACCAUAUGCCGUCAAAGUGUUACUCAAAAAAUCUCAUCCGACCCUGUCAAAGGCUUUCUCAGCAUCCAGUGACAGGGUCAGAAGGGGAACAUCCAUUCGACGUGCAUCCAAAACUCGUCUGAGACCUCCUGCUGUCACUCUUCCUGGGAUAAAGCCAACCUGAUCCUUUUUGUAGUAAAUCAGAAAUACAGGGUUUUAAUCAUUCCGCUAUGAUCAUUGCAUAAAUCUUAACAUCUCCAUUAAGAAGGGAGAUCGGGCAGUAAUUAGUUAUUAUCUCUGGAUCUUUAUCAGGUUUCAAAAUUGGGACAAUAUUCACUUGGAGCAUCCUUAGGGAAAAUAUGAUUGACAAUAAUCUCAUUAAAUAUCAUUGCAAGGCAUUUUGGUAGCACAUCCCUAAAUAUCUUAUAGAAUUUAUUUGUGUACCCAUCUGGCCCAGGAGCUUUAUUAAUUUUCAGCUUAUUUAUUGCUGCUUUUAUAUCCUCUUGAGUAAUAGGUUUAUUUAUGACCUCAAGUUGUUCUCCAGAUACUUCUGGCAUUUUUUUUCCCCCCCAAAAUAUUCCAUUGGAGGGGGUUGUUUUUUUAAAUCUGUUUCUAGAUUAUAUAAAUUUCUAUAAAAUUCAUUAAAGGCUGUGCCAAUUUUUGUGGACACAUAUAUUUCUUUCUCUGACCUAAUUUUAUAGAUCUUCCUCAUUUAUUUUUUAUUUUUAAGUUUUUGUGAGUACCUCGUUUACUCUAUUACUCUUAUAGUACUAAUUGAUCUUUAAAGAUUGUAAAUUCUUAUUUUUCUCCUCAAUUAAUAAUUCAUUUAUAUUAUCUUGACUUAAUAAUAAUAAUAAUAAUUUUAUACUAGUCUCCUUGGUUGGUAAGAUUUUCUUUUCUUUAGAUAGUUUAUAAAAGUCAAUAUAAAGAUCAGCAAGCGAUUUUCACAUUUUUUUUUUCUCAAUUGUGCCCAAUUUGAUUAGAUAUCCUCUUAUAACACCUUUAUAAGUUUUUUCCAUACUAGAGGGAGAGAAAUUUCCCCUCCUUUUCUAUGAAAUAUUUUUCUGACAUCUCCGUUAUAUAUUCUCUAUUAUUUUUUUUAUUUUUUAUUUUUAAAGGAGGAUCUUAUCAUUUAAUCACCAUGCUGUUCUUUUUACACAUUUAUUUUCUGGGCAGGGUUCAAGAUUAUAGCAUUGUGAUCUGACCAGGCAACUCCAUGUAUCAACACUUAAUUGAUAUCAUUGCCCAAGAAUAGAUGUAUUCUUGAGUAAGAGAGAUAUGUUCUGGAAAAACAAGUAAAAUCCAUCUCUCCUGGGUGAAAGAUACGCCAUAUAUCUAGUAGUCCAAAUUUCAUGACAAUUCUUUGAAAUUGUACAGCCUGAGAAAGGUUUUGUUUAUUGCUCCUGCUUUUGGAAUUUUUUUUUAUCUAAACUUGCAUCAAGAAUUCGAUCGAAAUCUCCCGCUGUAAGUACCUUUCCUUGUUUUAUUUUUAUUUAUUUUUUUUAAAAUUCUUUAUUUUGUCGUGCAUGGGGGAGUGCAGAUGUCUGCUCCGAGUUUCAGGAUGUGGUGUCUGGAGAGCGGCUGUCCCUUCGACGCCAGACAGGCUUGAAGGCCGCAGCAAAUGAGGGUAAUGUAGUCCGGUUCAGGAAAGUGCAGAGUCAGGUACUGACUGUCACCAGAUUCCCCAAUAUGCGGUGAGUAACUUCUUGGAGCUGAAAACUUUUGUUUGGCAGAAGUAUAGCUUAUUUAGCAGGUGUUUCUCAGGAGUUUGCCUUGCAUGCGUCCUCUCUGCUUGCCAGUUAGGCUCCGCCCGUUUUAUUUUAUCGACCUUAUCUAACAUAUUUGUAAAAUAUCUAUUCAAAGUGUUAUUAGGCGCAUAUAUAUAUUGACUAAUGUAUAGAUUUCAGCAUCAAUCUCAAUUAUUAACCCCUUAAGGACCGAGGACAGUUCAGGACCGUCAUCGGCAUUUUUGCAUUGCCGACCACUGACAGUCCUGAACCGUCCUAACGGUCAGAUGUACUUACCCGAUCGCCGUCGUUCCCACGGCGGUGCUCCCGGUGUGGGGAGACUGCCUGCAGCCCAGACAGUCUCCCCGCAGUGGGUUAGGACCCCUGUGGCCAUGUGAUCGCUCAAUAGGUGUCCAUGUGUAUGCCUGCAGGGGGACUGUCUGUGCUGACAGGCAGUCUCCCUGCUAGUGUUAAAAAAAAAAAAAUGAAAGUUAAUGUUAAUAAAAAAAAAAAGUUUUUUUAUAUGUGUAUAUAAAUAUGAUAUAUACACAUAUAUAUCUAUAUAUUUAAAAAUGUAAAAAUAAUAAUUUUAAAAAAAAUUAUAUCUAUAUAUAAUUUUAUUCUAACUGUAUUUUGAUAUUAAUAUAUAUUUAUAUCAAAAUACACUUAGAAUGAAAUUGUAUAUAUAUCUAUGUAUAUAUAAAUAAAAAUAAUACAAAAUAUACAUAUGCCCAUAUACAAAAUUACAUAAAUAUAUAAAUAUACACGUAGACUUCAAAUAUAUAAAUAUGCUUAUAUAUUUAAAUUCUACGUGCGUAUUUAUGUAAUAUUUUUACAUAAUUAAGUAAUUUUAUUGAUUGCAAUUUGAGGGACCUGCCUGCCAACCCAGGCCAAAAGUCCAGAGAAUUUAAUUUGUUACUGUAUUUUACCCUGUAACGUUCUACGACACCGUAAAACCUGUAAAUGGGGGGUACUGUUUUACUCAGGAGACUUUGCUGAACACAAAUAUUAGUGAUUCAAAACAGUAAAACAUAUCAUAGCGAUGAUAUUCUCAGUGAAAGUGACUUUUUUUGCAUUUUUCACACACAAACAGCACUUUUACUGAUGAUAUAAUUGUUGUGAUACGUUUUCCAGUUUUGAAACACUAAUAUUUGUGUUCAGCAAAGUCUCCUUAUUAUAAUACCACCACCCCCCCACCCCCCCAUGUACAGGUUUUAUAGCGUUUUUGAAAGUUACAGGGUCAGAUUGGUUACAUUGCCUUUGAGAGCAUAUGGUAGCCCAGGAAUGAGAAUUACCUCCAUGAUGGCAUACCAUUUGCAAAAAUAGACAACCCAAGGUAUUGCAAAUGGGGUAUGUCCAGUCUUUUUUAGUAACCACUUAGUCACAAACACUGACCAAAAUUAGCGUUCAAUUUAGAUUUUUUACUUUUUUUUCCACACACAAACAAAUAUGAUCGCUAACUUUGGCCAGUGUUUGUGACUAAGUGGCUACUAAAAAAGUCUGGACAUAUCCCAUAUUGAAUACACUGGGUUGUCUACUUUAAAAUAAAUAUGUACAUGUGGGGUGUUAUACAGAGAUUUAUGACAGGUAAUAGUGUUACAAUGUCACUAUUGAUAAAUUUUAAAAAAGUAUGUUUUGAAACUGCAAUAUCCUACUUGUACUUAUAGCCCUAUAACAUGCAAAAAAAUAGCAAAAAAGCAUGUAAACACUGGAUAUUUUUAAACAAUUUUGAAUCUAUUUAGCAUUUUUUUCAUUCUCUUUUGUAGAUGAGUAAAAGGUUUUUCAGUAAAAGUUAAAAAACAUGUAUUUGUUUUAAAUUUUUCAUCAUAUUUUUUUCAUUUUUUUUAAAAUUAAAUUACAUGAGAUUAUAUAAAUAAUGGUAUGUAAAGAAAGCCCCUUUUUGUCCUGAAAAAAACAAUAUAUAAUUUGUAUGGGAACAGUAAAUGAGAGAGCGGAAAAUUACAGCUAAACACAAAAGUGUAAAAAGAUGCCUGGUCGCAAAUGUACAACAUCGCAAAAACAGUCCGGUCCUUAAGGGGUUAAUCUGAGCCUUUUCUUUUUUUAAAAUAUAUUCAAACAGGAUGGCUCGCUUUAUGGGGAAUUUAAUCCCGGAGUGUUUAGCGAUAUAAUUUUAACCAUAUUUAAAUUGCAAUUUCUUCUCUAUUAUCCUCCUUGUCUCAGUAUCUCCUUCAUACCCACAUAUAUUCAAGACCACAUACAUACUUAAUCUUCUCCUAAGAGAAGAACAUCCAUUAAAUUGCCCUCGAGAACCAUUCCCAGAGAACAAAACCAAUGUAUAAAAAAACCCCUACAUGGGAUCUCAUCCACAUCUGGAUAAGUCCUUAAAAAAACAAAACAUUGAGCUGUGAUACCCCCCUGCUUUUAUUUAACCCAUUUACGCAGCGCUUGUAUCCUAAGUGACUAAAACAGUAAAAUUUACCAAAUGGACCCGAAAAGAAAAUUAUAGUUUCAUUACUCAACCCAUAGAUUUUUGCAGUGUUUACAAACUUAUUUAUUACUCCCUGAAUCCCGCUCAUUUUCUUAUACUGUUCUUACACGUUUCACAUCACUUUAUAUGCUAUAAUUUGUGUAUAUAGCCUAAAUCCAAUCAAUGUGUUCAUAGCUUUCAGUAAUUUAUUCCUGAGUUACUUGUAUCUAUCCAGUGUCUACUUUUUCUACUAUCUAGUGCUCUAGAAAUUUUUUUUAUCUUAAAUGCUAAUAAAUUAUUUGUGCCCAAUUUUACCUAUAUCUUCCAGCCCUCUACUCCUCCUCUCACCCUCUUCAUUACAUUUCCACUGUGUUUAAACCCUCCUUUUUGUUUAUGUGAGUGUAAUUUUUUCAAAAACCAUAGUCAUUUGUGCAUCUACACUUUGUAUACUAUUGUGCAUGCUCGUGUCUCAUUUCGAGAUUCCACUUAUAUACUUUACUACUCCCUCUUAUCCAACCAUUUUAUAACUUUUUCAGGUGAGUCAGAAUGUUCGGUAAACCCAUCUUUUGUCACUAUAAGUUUGAUUGGGAAGCCCCAGCGAUAUUUUAUAUUGUUUUCCCUUAAACGUGCUGUGACCGGCAUAUACUGUUUUCGUGCUUUCCUUGUUUGGAAGGACAAAUCUGGAAACACCUUUUACGUCCUUAAAUUUCCCCUGGUCUACUCCUUCAUUCCUUGAAGCUUUAAGAAUUUUCUCUCUAAAAGUAUAAGAAUGACAGGCGAUGAUUAUAUCUCUUGGUAUCUCUUUGGGUAGGAUUCUUGGUUUAAAUGUUUGAUGAAAUCUUUCCAGGAAAUCCACUUUAUCAUUAUAUUGAUCUUUAGAGCUUUAAGAAAUUCAGAGAUACAUUUCCAUAUUGUAUUUAGUAAUGGAUUCUGGAAUAUUCCUUAUUCUUAAAUUAUUUCUUCUGCCUCUACCUUCUAUAUGUGUCAUUCUUUCUUCUAAUUCACUUAUCUUUCUUUGUUGUUUUUCAACUAUGUCCUUCUGUUUUGCUGCUACAAAUUCUAGAUUUUCAAUUUUCUGUUCGUUUAUUUAAAUUAUUUGUGCGGUCUUCGUUAGAUCUAUUUUUCAAAGCAGCAUAAUUACUCUGUACUUCUUGCUUUAUCUGCUCCAGCUGUAACUCAAGGCACUCUUUUAAAGGACCACUAUAGUGCCAGGAAAACAUACUCGUUUUCCUGGCACUAUAGUGCCCUGAGGGUGCCCCCACCGGGCUCUAGGGGAUGGAAGGGGUUAAACUUACCUCUUUCUCCAGCGCUGGGCAGGGAACUCUCCUCCUCGGCUGAAUGCGCAUGCGCGGCAGGAGCCGCGUGCGCAUUCAGCAAGUCCAUAGGAAAGCAUUUUCAAUGCUUUCCUAUGGACGCUGGCGUCUUCUCACUGUGAAAAUCACAGUGAGAAACGCGGAAGCGCCUCUAGCGGCUGCCAAUGAGAAAGCCACUAGAGGCUGGAUUAACCCAUUUAUAAACAUAGCAGUUUCUCUGAAACUGCUAUGUUUAUAGAAGAAAGGGUUAAUCCUAGCUGGACCUAGCACCCAGACCACUUCAUUAAGCUGAAGUGGUCUGGGUGCCUAUAGUGGUCCUUUAAGUAUUCAGGCGUUACCAUUUGUAGUUCUGCUACAUCCUCUUUUUCUAUACUUUCAUUUAUAUCUCCCUUUUCUUUAUUUAAUGCAGCUUUAUUUGGGUUAAUUAGCUGUGAGUUUUCUGAAAUACUUUUGUCUGCCCCUUGGGUGAAAAAUUUGAAAGUCUUGCUUAUCUUUCUUUUCGCAAUCUUUUUUCGACAUAGUCUUUUGAUCCUGUUUCUCUGAAAGUUUUCUGGAUGUCAUUACUAGAGUGGGUUUAGUAGAUUGGAGUGUUCUCUUGCUUAAACUGUAAUAUUUUGUUCACAGUCUGCUGCACUCCUUUACCUUAUUUUUAAUAUAUAAUAACAGUUGUCCGCUUUAUUCCACAUACCGUAUAUACUAGAGUAUAAGCAGAGUUUUUCAGCACAUGUUUUGUGCUGAAAAAGUCCACGUCGGCUUUUUCUCGAGUCACUGUCUGAGCCCGGCGGUCCUGUUGGGGACCGGGAGCAAGCUGUUACUUACCUUUACAGCCGCUCCGUUCAGCUCCCUUCUCCUCCGUUCCGGUCAGCUCACUGUGUAAAUCUUGCGAGACCCGCAGCCGUCAGAGCGUUGCCACAGGUUACCGUGGCAACGCUCCGCAGGGCACACAGACCGCGAGAUUUACACAGUGAGCUGACCGGAACGGAGGAGAAGGGAGCUGAACGGAUCGGCUGUAAAGGUAAGUAACAGCUUGCUCCCAGCCCCCCUCCGGUCACUUCCAGUCCAGUGUGUUUUAUCUUCACUCAAACUAACUACAACUAGUAGUAUUAAUUAGUUUAGUAAUAUAAUUUAUAGCUUAUUAACUCAGCAAUCGGCAAUAGUUGUCCGAGCUAUUCUGGCUGUAUUUAAAGAGGUCAUGCUGUGUUGAAUACUAGUUCAGUAGCACACCUCCAUAUUCUAGUUUCUGUGGACUCCCACUCUCAGGAUGCCCAGCCCCCCUCUUGCACAGCCCAUGCCACUGGACCACCAGGGAAUAAUAUAGCCCCCUUCCCUGGCCAGGUAUCAAGCAGGGAGGGGGGACAAAAAAAUAUAUUUAAAAAAAAAAAAUAUAUAUAUAUAUUAAAAUAAUAAUAAAAUAAAAAAAAUAUUCGCAAUAUUAAAAUAAAAAUGCCACUCCCCACCCAGUUCACACACUCUGCACAAACACACACACACACACACACACUCUGCACAAACACACACACACACUCUGCACAAACACACACACACACUCUGCACAAACACACACACACACUCUGCACAAACACACACACACACUCUGCACAAACACACACACACACUCUGCACAAACACACACACACUGCAUUCAUACAAACACACUGCAUUCAUUAUAUACACACACUGUAAAUAAAUAUUAAAUUAAUGUAAUUUUAUUGGGAUCUAAUUUUAUUUACCAGUAGCUGCUGCAUUUCCCACCCUAGGCUUAUACUCGAGUCAAUAAGUUUUCCCAGUCUUUUGGGGUAAAAUUAGGGGUCUCGGCUUAUAUUCAGGUCGACUUAUACUCGAGUAUAUACGGUAUAUGAUUUUAAUUUUUUUCCCUUAACUGAUAUGCACUGUGCAGCAGUAUUCACAUGAUCUUCUUUUUAUUCUGUUAUGGGCCCAGUUUACAAAUUCUCCCCUCUUAACUCCAAUCAAUUUUAUUUUCUAAAUCUUUUUCCAGCAAUUUAUUUCCUUUAAAGCUCUAUAGCAGGUCUAGCAGUUCAGUUUAGUCGUUCAGUUUGUACGUCUUGAUUACUGAGUACUGAUUCACCGCCUUAUUCCCGCUCUUUAAAUUAGCUUUAUGAUAUUCAAUAAGCAACUGCUUUUGUUCCUCAGAAUUGUAGUCGUAUAUACUUCUAUGCAACAGUAUUCACCAACAGGUGUGUUUUGUUUUUUUUUGUUUUUUUUUUUAACUCGCGGUCCCCAGAAUCUGCCUUUUUGUUCUGUUGUACUCUGCUAUAUACCAUCCUUCUUUCCACACUCUUUACUCCGGGUAAUACUAACUCCCCAGAGCUGUUGCUGUCUUUAUCGAGCUGCAGGAGACCUCCACUCCCACUCUUUACCCAGGGUACUGCUUUCUCUUCGCGGCUACCGCUGACUUUGUCAAGCUGCAAGGAACCUCCGGUUACGAUCGAUCAAUCCAUGGCACAUCAAGCCGCUUUUACCUCCGGCAUUUGGGAAACAAGGUUAGGUAUCGGGCGCACCUUCUUAAUCAGCACGGGGUUCCGUUGCUCAGCUCAUCCACACGUCGUGCGUGCAGUGUCACGUCAGCAUCUCAGAGCUGUCCAAACUCGUUUUCCUGACACUAUAUAAUCCUUGGGGGACCCUCACCCUCAGGGCCCCCCCUCCCAUUGGGCUGAAGGGGAUAAAACCCCUUCAGCCACUUACCUUAAUCAAGUGCCGGACUCCCUCGGCGCUGGGGACCUCUCCUCCCCCAGCCGAUUGUUGGCUCCGAAUGCGCAUUCAAACUGCCCAUAGGAAAGCAUUACUCAAUACUUUUCUAUCGACGUCAGUGUCAUCUCGGUGUGAUUUUUUUAUAUAUAUAUAUAUAUAUAUAUAUAUAUAUAUUUAUAUAUUUAUAUAUUUUUUUUUACGCUGAGAAUCACGGAAGCGGCCUCUUGUGGCUGUCAGGUAAACAGCAACUAGAGGCUGGAUUGACCCUCAAUAAAAACAUAGCGAAUCCGCUAUGUUUUCAGCUGCAGGGUUGAAACCAGUGGGACAUGGCACCCAGACCACUUCAUUGAGCUGAAGUGGUCUGGGUGCCUAUAGUGUAUCAUUAGAUUAACUUAUGAUCUGCAGAGUGACCUCCUAGCUCUGGUUGCUAUAAAGCACUGUUAAAUUGUACUGUGGCGGUUAUUAUGGUGAAUCAUUUGUGCAUUUAAUUAUUUUAUUAAAGGGACAAUCUAAGCAUCAUAACUACUCCAUGCUAUGCUGACCUUGCAAACAAUCUCAGCUAGUGAAUAAUGUAUCAACUUGGUAUGAGUUGACAUGGUAAUGGAGACGUAAGAAUUAGAUUGUCAUGCUUCCUUAGAAAGAAAGAAAAAAAAAAAAAAAGGACAGCGUGUGCUUGACAGACGGCAAGUGUCAAAUCAAUAUAUAUAAUGGUUAUGGAGCGUAGACUGUUCCUUUUUUAAGAAUGGUACUGACUAUAGCUUACAUUUUGUUUUCUGCUGUUCUUAUAGCAGUAAUGGGUAAUUUGGGUUUUCCCAUAAUUUGCUGCACAAUGCUUGCAGCAUGCCAACAUCCUAAUAUCUUUUACAGCAUAGCUAACACUGUAUUGGAUUUGAAAGUCAAGCAAACUUUGCUUUAUACUUGGCAAUAAUUUACAGUUUGCAAUGUUUCAUGCUCUUUUAUAUUUUGUAAAUUAGAUUUAUCCACAUUUUAGGUUGGAGCUGAUUUUUAUUCAUUAUGUAUUCUGCAAAGAUUAUUCACAAAAGAGUAGAACAAAUGCAGGUAGGCUUAGGGUAUCUCACGAAUCCCAGUCUAAACUACAUUACCUGGAAAUAUUACAUAGAAGUAUAGCGUGAAGUAAUAUUAACUAGAGAUUAACUCCAAUAUAAACAAAUGAAAAUAGAGUAGAUGUAACAUAAACACUAGUAUUCCUAUGUAACUAAAGGGAAAGCACCAAAUGCCACAGCUAGGAUCUGGCAGUAUGUAUACGUCAAGAACCUUUACACCUAUAUGACAGCUUUAAUAGAAUAUAUAUGCUACAUAGGAAAAAGUGUUCAUAUAUCUAUCUAAUUGCCAGUAACUAGCUUCCUAAGUGCAAAAUCCCACAGAUUCCUUGUGUCCAUAUAUAUAUGUAUAGGACCAUGGAGUAAAUGUCUGCUGAUAAUAUAUACUAAUGCAAAGUUAGUUUCUAUUGAGUCUAGCCAUAUGUAAGAAAAAUGUUCCAAACAGCAGACCUUACCAAUAAAUAGGAAAAAGUCUAGAAUAGUCCGCACAAGAGAGAGACUUAGAUGUAAAGAUAGAGAAAAGUUUGUAGAAACUAAUGGUCAGUCAAAAUCAGACUGCCAUAUAUAUUAAAGUUAUUAAAGCCUCUCUCCCUGGUAAACUAGCUAGACAGGCAUAGGAAUAUAUAAAAGGUAAAACAGAAGAAAAAAGUUUAAGUGCAAUUCAUAGUGCUAGAGUGCCAUUCAGUGCCCAGUGUAAAAGUUGGCAAAAACGCCCAUUAUUUAGGACUCUAAUGUAUAGGUGCGCUCUCCCUGCUGUUUAGGGAGUGGCUACGCACUGAGAUACAUAUGGUCUUAAUUAUAUAUUCGUUGUCUGCAAAGAUUAUUCUACUUUUUUUGUCUUUCUUUUCUAUUAUUUGUAUUGCCAUACUCCUUAACACAUGGGUAAAAAACAACCACCUGUGGUCAGCUUUUUAAAAAUUGCAAUGAAUUAAUUUUAUUUUGUAUCUUACUGUCAUGGUACAAUGGUUUUACUUGUUUUGCCAAAGAUGCCAAGUACCAUAACCAUGUUCCACUAUUGCUUUAUGUACAAAACAUAAUUUCAAAUGUAAAGCAGACUGCAGGAUUGCAUUGUGUCAGAGUAAAUACCGUAUAUACUCGAGUAUAGGCCGACCCGAAUAUAAGCCGAGGCCCCUAAUUUUACCCCAAAAAACUGGGAAAACGUAUUGACUCGAGUAUAAGACUAGGGUGGGAAAUGCAGCAGCUACUGGUAAAUUUCUAAAUAAAAUUAGAUCUUAAAAAAAUUAUAUUAUUUGAAUAUUUAUUUACAGUGUGUGUAUAUGAUGAAUGCUGUGUGUGUGUAUGAAUGCAGUGUUUGUGUAUGAAUGCAGUGUGUGUGUGUAUGAAUGCAGUGUGUGUGUGUAUGAAUGCAGUGUGUGUGUGUAUGAAUGCAGUGUGUGUGUGUGUGUAUGAAUGCAGUGUGUGUGUGUGUAUGAAUGCAGUGUGUGUGUGUAUGAGUGCAGUGUUUGUGUGUAUGAGUGCAGUGUGUGUGUGUGUGUGUGUGUAUGAGUGCAGUGUGUGUGUGUGUGUGUGUGUAUGAAUGCAGUGUGUGUGUGGUGCAGUGUGUGUUUGUGUUGCAGAGCCUUGGUGGGGGGUGGGCAUUUUUAUAUAAAAAAAUUAUUUUAAUUUUUUUGUUAUAUUUUUUAUUUUAUUUAUUUUAUUAUUAUUUUUAUUAUUAUUUAUAAAUUAUUAAUGUAUUUAUUUUGUUGUCCCCCCUCCCUGCUUGAUACAUGGCAGGGAGGGGGCUCUCCUUCCCUGGUGGUCCAGUGGCAUUGGCAGUUCAGUGGGGGGAGGAGGGAGGCUGGCAGAGCUGUAACUUACCUCUCCUGCAGCUCCUGUCAGCUCUCUCCUCCUCCGCGCCGGUCCGUGCAGCUCUUCUCUCAGCUCACACUGUAAGUCUCGCGAGAGCCGCACUAUGACCCCGCGGCUCUCGCGAGACUUACACUGGGAGCUGACCGAGGUGCUGACCUGACCGGCGCGGAGGAGGAGAGAGAUGACAGGAGCUGCAGGAGAGGUAAGUUACAGCUCUGCCAGCCCCCAGUAUGUAUUAUGGCAAUGGAAAUUGCCAUAAUACAGACUGACUCGAGUAUAAGCCGAGUUGGGGUUUUUCAGCACAAAAAAUGUGCCGAAAAACUCGGCUUAUACUCGAGUAUAUACGGUAAGUCAGGGACAAUGGUUGAUGAUUUACCCCUUGCAAUGCAGGCAUACCCUCUGUACACAAUUAGGGAGACAGAGUGGGUCUGUUUAUUAGAUUAAUUGUUUUCCCCUCUGUCUGGAAUUACCUGUAACUGAUGUCUUUUGUUAAUAAGCAUUUGAUAAUUUUAAUAGUGUUAUCUGUUGUCUGGUGUGCCUGUAAUUGAUUUACCUGUUUUAAAUUAGGCUCUCUAUUGUUUGAGAUUAACCAUGUUAUAAUUGAUUUCAUUUUACCCUGCACCUCUCAUGUCCCUUAUUGGUCACUGUGGUUUAUGUGCUAUUUGAAAAACGGCUACAUAUUCUUUCUAUGGAGCUUGUGUUUCUUGAAGCAUCCAGGUAUAUUCACUAUGGAGCAGUUACUCAUAGAGAAUUGCCAGUGGACUAGAUAGAAUGUCUUAUAUGAACUGGAGUUAUCAGUGCAGUAUAUCCUGCAUUGCCAGUGGACACAUGACUCAAAGUACUGGGUCUUAGUGCUUAUUGAAGCCGUUAGCUGCGCAAGCUAGCGAAAGAAACCCACGGAAAAUUACGUGCUUGAUUUGCUACACCUUCCAUAGCAGAGACACCAGGGCAGUAUCAUCAUACUUACUAUUUAGCAGAAGUGCUUGAUGUCCUGCAGCCUGGCUUCCAAUUAUGACACGAUGGAAGUAUGCUCUGAUUCACGCCAGGGGUAGCAGGCAGUGAUAGUGUAACCGCAGGUGGUUCCCUUAUUUACCACUAUAAUGAUUUAAAGCAUAGAACUUAGUAGGGCUAACCAUACAGAUAUCUUAGCCAUAAUUUUAUAUAGUUAGUAAGAGAUCCUCUAUUUAACAUAUAUAAAUAAUUGAGAAUAUAAUAUAAAAUAAGGAUUGUCUUGGAAGCAAUAGUUUUGUCUUUUUGGAUAUUUAUUAUAUAAAAAUAUAAAUAUAAAAUCCAUUAUAGCAGAGUUUAUAAGAUUAAAUUACAUGCUUGCAAAUAUCAUUAAUAGGUUAACAUACCCUUCUGAACAUGUCAUCAUGUCAGCCUCUCUGUCAUUUUAAGAUGGAGCAGCGUCUGUCUCCAAGUCUCUCAUCUGUGUCUUAACAUUUAAAAGUACACUUAUUUAUACUUAAGGUGUCGUCAUUUUAGAGUUACCGUAGUUCAUAUAUGAAAAAGUAACACUUCUUUUACUUUAUUCAUUUUAGGACCUCCCUUAACUUGGCAAACAUACAAGGCCAUAACUAAAGGGUCCAUACGUCAUGUAAAUUUUCCUGACUUAGUUCAAGAUGGCAUCUUAAAGUCUAAAUAGCUUAUCUGUUGUUUAUACUAAGUCGGAAGUGCACAGUCGUGGGAGAUUCCCGGAUUUGGGGACGUUCCAUUAACUUGGGGUUACCACAGUAUAUUGUGUACUGAAAGAGUCGUAGGAUAGCCUUGAAGCUUGUUUAUGCAUUAUUGUUAUUGUAAUUCGUCUGGGACAAAAUGGUGCAAACAUAUUAUGCACUGAGGUUAUUGCUUAAAGAAACAUCUAUGAAAAACAAUAUGUUCCAUUUUUAACACCUUGUCAAUUUGCAAUAUCUCUUAAAGACAAAGUACACAGUUUAAGAAAUACAACAUUUCAUUCUAAAACUUGUAAUAUUUGCGUUUGCCCAUAACAAUAGGCUGACCGUGUCCCCUACGUACUUUCAACAGUCACUGCCACCUUUAGGCACCUUUGCUCGGAUUGUUAUUUAUCUGACGCAACCCACACUAUUUAGUAUUUCAAAGUGGCCUGAUAGAAAAUGUUACUGACCGUUGCAAAUUAGCCAGUACUGCGUCAAAUAACUUACAGACAGACCAAAGGUGCAUAAAAAUGGCUGCCAGAAAGUGAGAAAGCUCUAAGAUUGCAAUGUGCAGAAAUAAAUACGAGUUGGCAUAUCCUAAAUAUUAUAUACCGUAUUUAUCGGCGUAUAACACGCACUUUUUCUCCCUGAAAAUAGGGGGCAAAUUAUGGGUGCGUGUUAUACGCCGGACCUUUAAAUGCUGCAGCCGCCUGAGCGCUCUGUCAAGUUGGUUCUCACCUCCCCUCCCCUGUAGCAUGGCCGAGCUGCUCUGCUGUCCGCGGUGCCCGGCCGGAGUGAUAGGAAGGUGCACGCUCAGUAAGGGGAGUAAGGGGAGGGGAAGUAUGAAGAGGGGGAGGGGGGGUAAGAAGUUCUUUAUUUGAAAUUUAAGUUUUUUUUCCCUGAAAUUUCCUUCUUAAAAUGAGGUGCGUGUUAUACGCUGAUAAAUACGGUAAAUAUCUUUUUACGCUAGAGCGUGGUUUAUAGACAGAGAACUGUUUUAAUGAUGUGAUUGCUCAAUUACAAAAUAUAAGUCUUAAAUGUUUUUACCCUCCAGAGCAUGUAUAUGGUGUUUUGGAUUUUUCUGCAUUUAGUUAUUAUGGCGGGCUACCUGUUUCAGUUCUGCUAAUUUUUCCCACUGUCAUUUCAGAUAACUAAUGGCUCAUAAUAAAUCCAUGCACCCACGAAAUCGGUACAAAGAUAAACCUCCAGAUUUUGCAUACUUGUCUUCCAAGUAUCCAGAAUUUAAGCAGUACAUAACUGUGAGUUUGGCUGGAAAACCAAGGUAUGUUUUAUAUCUUUCACAACAAUGCUGGCAUUAUGUUUCACAUUUAUCUGUACAGUGGAAUCAUAAAAAGCCUGUGAUAUUGUGUAUUGCAUAAACCUUUGUGUUGUGUUUACAGCUUUUCAAUGAAAGCUUAUGGUAAUUAUAAAGUGGAGGUUGGAGCUUAUACAGCUGGUCACACUGCCAUUGCUUCCAUACCUAAUGUGUAGAGUGGUGUGAUAUCCAUUUCAAUGUGAUAUUUCUUUAGGAAAAGGUGGAGCCGUCUAAAAUUGUUGGAGGGUAUACUGUCCACAUCACCCCCAAGGCACAAUAACUGAACUUUGUUUAUUUGAAAGACGCAUUUACCAUAUUUUCAAAUAAGACAUUCUGUGGCUCUCUAGAUUGUUCACAACCAUUUUGUGUAAUGAGUCCUAGGUUUUGCUCAUAGUAUAUCCGAGAGUACUCUAGACUUAAAGUACUAGUGUAAGUGACCAAUUGUUAUGCCCUAGGUCAGUGAUAGCGAACCUUUUUGAGCCCGAGUGCCCAAACCACAAUACAUACAUGCCAACUUUUUUACUUCAAAGUUUUUACCAACACGGCAAUUAAACCUGAAUACUGAGGUUUAAGUUUAGGAAAAAAAACCUCAUACAGUUGUUGGAACUAAUUCUCCUCUUCUCUCCCCCCAGCAUCUUCAGUUCUCUAACCACAGCAUAUUCCCCUCUUCCCACAGCAUCUUCUCUUCUCCCUCAGCAUCUCCUCCUCCUCUUACCCAGAAUCUCCUGCUCCUCCUCUGCCCCUAGCAUCUCCUCUCCCCUUCUCCCCCCAGCAUCUAUAUCUCUAUUUUUCUCUCACAUCAAGAAGUUGCACUUAUUGGUUCAUUUAAUUUUAUUUUUCUUAUUUCUACAACUUGUCAUUCAAUAAAAGUUCACUUUGGGCACCUGCUAUGUGCGAUGUGACAUUUAGCAUUCCUAUUUAACCUGAAAUAUUGCAUUCUCAAAUAUCUAGCUUCUGAUGUUUGCAUGUACUGGAUUGGUUUCUCUCAAAAGGACCAUUCAGUGUGGCCAAAUAAAGUUUAGCCUGUUAAGAAUUUGUUACACAUGCCAUCUUUAUAUCAUUAUCUGGUAGAAAAAAUUUUUAUGGGUCACAUAACCUUCAUAUAAUCUUCUAUGGGUCACAUAACCUUACAGAACUCUGUAAGAUAGUUAUGGAACGCUAUUCAAAAUUUAAAUUCUCUAGUCUCAAACCAUACCCCUGUUAAAACUUAAGCUUGUUCAUAUCAUUCAAAUUCUUCUGAAUGCAAAAACACAUCCAUCAAUUGCCUCCACACUCCUGGAUCGGCCAUUGCGCGAGGGAGCACUGACUUACUUUCUGUUCCAGUACUGCUCCCUCUGCUGAUGCUGCCGGGAGACAGGAAAUUAUAUCAGGCUGGCGGCGCCUGAUUGACGUAAUUUCCUUAAUCCAGACGGCAUCAGCGGAGGGAGCAGUGCUGGAACAGCACAUAAGUCAGUGCUCCCUCACUGCCCUCCAUCCCACUCACCCACCAACAAUACGAAAGCAGAGUAGGCGUCUGCCGUUUUGGGCAGGCGCCUACUCUUCAUUGCCGCCUGGGCAAGCCUAAGGCUGCUGAGCCAGCCAGCGGCGCCCCCAUAAGAUUCGCUGGCCCUGCGUAUCGAUCCGGCGACUUAUGGCUACAUGCCCACAGAGAGGGCACGUGUGCCAUAGGUUCCCCAUCGCUGCCCUAGGUUGUCCAACUCCUAAGAAUUUAUGUAUGUUCUCUGAACAUUCUGUUAACAAACUGUGAUGUCAUCUAAAAUUAACUAAAUGAUUCUGUUUUUGGCAUUUGAUUACUGUCACAGCUUCUCUAUCAAUACAAAUGUGCUACUUUUUUCUUACUAGAGUUUCCACUAUGUAGGGAGGUGCAACAUCCCUGGUUCUAAGUGAUUUUGUCUGUUGCUGAAUGGACUUGGAGUUCCAGUAUAAAUGCAUGCAAAAUUAUGCCUCAGAUUGUCUAGUUAAUAAAAAUGUUUCUUCUAUUUUACUUCUCUGGCAUUAUCUAGUAAAAGGGAUACUACACGCACCUUAAAGCGUUACUGUCAUGCCGAACUUACCUUUCCCCAAUCGAUUCCUCUUCUCUCCCUCUGUCAGGAUCUGUUCUUCAUUUCUUCCUGUCUGCUCUAGUUUUCUUUAAAACAAAAGACAAAGUACUGACCAUCUUUGACCAGUGAAGGAGCAAAGUGUGCUCUGUUUCCUGUAGUCAGAGAAAUAUUCCCAUAAUUCUUACCUUUCCUUCGUAAUCUCGCGAUGCUUCCUGUCAGUAUUCCCGAACGUCCUGUCAUCUAGACAGGACGCUGGCGAAACUACCGAAUGUCAUCCUAACAGAAUGAAAACCGUUUCUCCAUUCAUGUUAGAACGCAAUUCGGGACUUUGUUCGGAUAGGAAUUUCAUUCAAAUGAAUGAAAUUCUGAUCCGAAUCAUGCCGCGGCUGCAUCUUGCAGCCACUUAGUAGAUAACUCCCUAAUUCCCAUGGUAUUAGUGAGCUAUCUACCAAAAGACUGAAACACCUGAAUUGGUCUUUCAGCCAAAUUUACUAAUACUAAGUAAAUAUUACUUAGUAUUAGUAAAUUCUGCCCCUACUCGCUAUAUCGUGAGUAGGGGCAUGUCUACUAAACAGUGAGCAGCCUGUGUGUGUAAAGAAAAAAAGUUUGAGAUGGUUUUUCAUGCUUAUUUGUUUCUCAUUGUGUGUGCUUAAGACUCUUACUUUUAUUCACGCUAGUUUAAACUUCAAGGAUCCAGGAGCAGUGAGAGCCUUGACGUGCACCCUCUUAAAGGAAGAUUUUGGGCUCACCAUUGACAUACCUCUUGAACGGUUAAUUCCUACUGUUCCUCUGAGACUCAAUUAUAUUCAUUGGGUGGAAGAUUUGAUCAACUAUCAUGAUUCUGACAAGACUGUUCUGCGCAGGGGGAUCGACAUAGGUAAAUAAAUUUCCAGUGUUGUCAAACUGUUUUACAAUGCCCGUUAUUUAUAUAAAAACUAGAUGGCUAGAUUUUGUUUUCUGUAAUGCAACCCCUUAGUGACCAGACCGUUUUUCAAUUUUCUUACCGUUAAGGACCAGGGCUGUUUUUACAUUUCUGCUGUGUUUGUGUUUAGCUAUAAUUCAAUGCACUCACACUUAUUAUAAUUCAUUUUGUUCAGCAGAAGAAGGGCUUUCAUUUCAUAUCAAAUAUUUAUAUAUGAAACAUAUUUAAUAUGAAAAAAAAUCAAACAAUUUGAGAAAUUAAGAAAUGUUAUUUUUUUUAGUUUUGCAUUUUAACAGUGAAUUUUAUCACACUGUUGCUGUUACUGCAAUAAAGUACACAUUUGUAUUUAGCGUUGUCUCACGAGUAAAACAGUGGUGCAUCCUGCCACAAUAAGGCUGGUCUGGAUGUUGAAAAUUGGGUAAUUAUAUUCCUCGUGGUCCAGAGCUCCACAAACAUGCCACUGCCUGCUUUGGCUGUGAGACUCCGCCCCCCAACAGAAUCAGAUUUAUUAUUAUUAUUUUUUUUACCAAUUAUCCAAAUUUUCCCCUUUUUGGGGGCACAGCCAGGAGAAGCUGUGAAUUUUCUGUGUGUGAAAGGUAAGCUGUUAAUUUUUGGCAGAUUUGCCCCAUUUCCGGCCAAACAAAUUCGUGAUUUUUGUGGGAAAAGCAAGUCUUAUGGCUUGACUGGUGUGCAGAUUUUUGUUUAACAUUGUAUUAACCAUCCACAGACUCCAGGUGGAAGGGGUUUUCAAUCAUAAUUUUUCCCCCCACCAUAACUGUUUUGGUUGUUGCUUUGCAAGUACCUCCAAGCCUCAAAGCUAGCCAGUAACCAACCUCAUGCUGAUGAUUUGCAUUAACAAUGAAACUGCUGUCCAUGAGUGGUUCACUGGCUUUGCAUCUUUUCCUAAGUUGUGUUUCAAAGCUGUUGUAUACAGCAAACACAGACUCAAAGGAAUCCAUGUUUAAAAUGGAAUGAGGCAAAAAUGUGAUUCCCACCCAGAAUCCUUUACGGUAGUGACAUCACUGCAAAUUUGUGAUUUCUGUGGAAAAAGCAAGUCUUACGGCUUGACUGGUGUGCAGAGUUUUGUUUAAAGCGGUACUGUCAUGCCGAAUCCUGUUUUUUUUUUGUUUUUUUUUAACCCCCCCCCUCCCCCCGGCUUCUACCAUCUCUAAUUGACCCCCUAGCCACCCCCAAAUGCCCCUAAGCCCCCCACAUUAGCUAUUUUGUAUUCCUUAUUUUCUGCCCCGAUCUAUAUUCAGGGCGCCGCCAUCUUUGUGUGGGUAGAUGAAGUCCCUGUGGGACUCGUCAUCUGCCCACACUAGAUAGCCUGUGAGAUUCCCGCACAUGCCUAGUGAAACACCUGACAGAUGAAUGAAUAGAAAUAUCAGCCAAACAAACAAACACCAUCAGUGUUCGUUUGUUCUUUCAGUUUAUUACCGGCGUGCAGCUCCCUCCUUGUAAUAUGUAACUAUAGAAGCGGCAGGGAACUGUGCUCUCCACACCACUUCAUAAGCCUGGGCGGCGGGUGGGGGCCAUAAUGAUAAUGGGGGGUGGGGGAGGGGGGGGAGGAACCUAUUGGUACUCCCCCUCCCCCCUGGGCAGCGGGUGGGGGCCAUAUUGAUAAUGAGGGGGGAUGGACCCCCACCCCUGGUGUCAUUCAUUCAAAUGAAAUUGCGAUCCGAAUAAAAUGCCGAAUUGAGUUCUAAAAGAAACGAACAUACUGUUCUCAUUCAGUUAGAACGCAAUUCGGCAGUUUAGUGUAAAAUGACAGGAACACAGAGGAAAGGUGAGAAUUAUAGGAAAAUUGCUCUGACCAGCGGAAAUGAAGCACACUUUGCUCCUCCGCUGGUCAAGCGGAGGAAUCCUCCAUAAGGCAAAGAGUCCCUACUUUGUCUUAUGAUUUUAAAGAAAACUAAAGAAGACAGGAAGAAAAGAAUGACAGAUCCUGAGAGAGGGGGAGAAGAGGAAGAGAUUGAGGAAAGGUAAGUUCGGCAUGACAGUGCCGCUUUAACAUUGUAUUAAAAAAAAAAAUAUAUAUAUAUAUAUAUAUAUAUAUAUAUAUAUAUAUAUAUAAAAUAUAAUUUUUAUUUAUUUUUUUUAAAUUGAUUUUAUCACCCCUCCUGGGUGGAAUGUUUAUUCCUCAUUCUCGGGUCCUCUACCAGAGGCCUGGGAGUCCGAUGUUUCUGCGCAGUAUCUUAGCUGUUCCUACAACUGCACUCCUGGACAGCGAUCUCAGAUGUCCCACCUAGAAUCUAUUGAAGCCACUCCCUCAACUUAGGAGUCACUGCCCUGAGUGCUACUAUCACAACUAGGACUAGUACUGCCUUCACUUUCCACAUCCUUUCUAGUUCUUUCAGUCCUUGGUAUUUCUCCAUCUUCUUAUAUUCCAUCUUCCUCAUGUUAUAGUCACUGGGUAUUGCCUCAUCCACCAUGACUGCAGUUUUCUGCUCCUUGUCUACCACAACGAUGUCUGGUUGGUUGGCCAGCACUUGCUUGUCUUAGCCCUGUCAUUCUCAACUACCCUUUGUGGUAUCUCCCAUCUGGGUUCAAUCCAUAUUCUGUGCAGAUGUUUCAGUACACAAUCCCAGCAACUUGGUUGUGUCUCUCCAUGUAUGCUGUUCCUGCUAACAUCUUGCAUCUGGCUACUAGGUGGUGAACGGUCUCAGAGGCCUCUUUGCACAGUCUGCACAUUGGGUCUUAACCGGUGUGGUAGACUCCAGCUUCUAUUGAUCUUGUGCUGAUUGCCAGUUCCUGUGCCGCUAGGUUUAGUGCCUCAGUCCUGCCUUUUCAAACCACUGGUAGGAUUUUGUUAUGUAAGCCACAUGGUGGUACAACCCAUGGAGAGGUUUGUCUUGUCAUGGAACCUUCUCUUUGUUUUGCAUUCUCUAUCUGUUGUUGUCUCAGGUAUUCCCAUAGCAGCUCAUCUUUGGGAGCUAUCUUUGUGAUGUACUUAUGGAUGCUCUGUGUUUCAUCCAGGACUGUGGUCUUGACACUCAUCAGGCCCCAACCUCCUUCCUUCUGGCUGGUGUACAGUCUCUGGGUGCUGGAUUUCCGGUGGAAUCCUCCAUUCAUAGUGAGUAGUUUCAGGGUUUUGACAUCCAUGGUGACCAGUUCCUCUCUUGGCCAGGUUAUUAUUCCUGCUGGGUACCUGAUGACUGGUAGGGCAUAUGUAUUGAUUGCUUGGAUCUUCUUGCCAUUGAUUUGUGACUUCAGGACCUGCCUGACUCUUUGGAGGUACUUGGAUGUUGCGAUCCACCUUGCCUCUUCCUCGUGGUUGCCAUGUAUUUGUGGUACCCACAGGUACUUGUAGCUGUUCUCUACAUCUUCUAUUUGGCCUUUUGGACCUUGAACUCUCUCUGUCCUGAUCAUGGAAACAUAGAAUGUAACGGCAGAUAAGAACCAUUUGGCCCAUCUAGUCUGCCCAAUUUUCAAAAUACUUUUAAUUAGUCCCUGGCCUUAUCUCAAGUCUAGGAUAGCCUUAUGCCUGCUUAAACUCCCUCACUGUGUUAACCUCUACCACUUCAGCUGGAAGGCUAUUCCAUGCAUCCACUACCCUCUCAGUAAAGUAAUUAUUUUUAAACCUUUGCCCCUCUAAUUUAAGACUGUCAUAUUGUUGUGGUAGUUUUUCUUCUUUUAAAUAUAGUCUACUCCUUUACUGUGUUGAUUCCCUUAAUGUAUUUAACUGUUUCUAUCAUAUACCCCCCAGUUUUGUCUUUCCUCCAAGCUAUACAUGUUAAGAUUCUUUAACCUUUCCUGAUAAGUUUUAUAUCCUGCAAUCCAUGAACCAGUUUAGUAGCCCUUCUCUGAACUCUUUCUAAAGUAUCGAUAUCCUUCUGAAGAUACGGUCUCCAGUACGGCGUACAAUACUACAAGUGAGGUCUCACCAGUGUUCUUUACAAUGGCAUGAGCACUUCUCUCUUUUUACUGCUAAUGCCACUACCUAUACAACCAAGCAUUCUGGUAGCAUUUCCUGCUGCUCUAUUACAUUGUCUUCCUACCUUUAAGUCAUCUGAAAUAAUUACUUCUAAAUCCAUUUCCUCAGAUGUUGAGGUUAGUAUGGUAUCAAAUAUUCUUUAGUCUGCGAUUUGGGGUUUCACGCCCAAGAUGCAUUAUUUUGCACUUAUCCACAUUAAAUGUCAGUUGCCACAGCUCUGACCAUUUUUCUAAUUUAUCUAAAUCAUUUGUCAUUUGGCUUAUCCCUCCUGGAACAUCCACCCUGUUGCAAAUUUUAGUAUCAUCAGCAAAAAGACAUACCUUACCAUCAAGACCUUCUGCACGAUCACUAAUAAAAAUAUUAAAGAGAAUGGGUCCGAGUACAGAUCCCUGAGGUUACCCCACUGGUAACUAGACCUUGCUUCGAAUAUACUCUGUUGGCAACAACCCACUGUUGCCUGUCAUUUAGCCACUGCCUAACCCAUUUAACAAUAUUGGAAUCCAAACUUAAAGAUUGCAGUUUAUUGAUGAGCUUUCUAUGUGGAACAGUGUCAAAAGCCUUACUGAAAUCUAGGUAAGCAAUGUCUACUGCACCACCCAUAUCUAUUAUUUUAGUUCCCCAAUCAAAAAAAUUGAUUAGAUUAGUUUGGCAUGAUCUCCCUGUAAGUAAACCCAUGUUGUCUCUGAUCUUGAAAUCCAUGUGAUUUUAGAUGUUCAAUAAUCCUAUCCUUUAACAUGGUUUCCAUCACUUUCCCCACUACUGAAGUAAGGCUUACUGGCCUAUAGUUGUCUGACUCCUCCCUAUUACAUUUCUUGUGAAUGGGUACAACAUUCGCUAAUUUCCAAUCUUCUGGGACUACUCCUGUUAACAAUGAUUGUUAACUAGGAUUGUAGACAGUGCGUCAUUAACUGUAGUAUGCUGUAUGAUGGUAAUUUUCCAGUGAUCUUUGGUUGUCUUGCCCCAUGGUUAACGACUGCUAGCUUUUCUAAGAUUCCUGGACAUGGAGCGAGAACCUAGAACUGCUUGUGUGUGUAAAUGUAUAUACAUCAUACAGCACCAGGCAAGGAGCAGUGGAAGUGUGUGUGUGUGUGUGUGUGUGUAUGUAUGCAUGUAUAUAUCAUCUUGCACUCCCUGAGUUUCCACUGUUUCUUGCCUGGUGCUUGUCAGCAAUAGCACACACAUCUCAAUUCAGAUAGCACUCCAAGGUUUCUGUCAAAAAAAUAAAACUUCGCUUUUAUUGCUUACAUGACAAAAAAUAAAUAAAUAAACAUUUCAGCUUGAUCUAGCAAACUUUCAUCAGGAUAAGCAUGAUUGGGCAAUUUGGGGCAAUAAUAGAUAGGAGGAUAUUAAAUGUUGUUAAAACAUUUCAAUGACUAGUUUUUCAUAACUAUGCCAUGCUCUUGUUUCUGUAGUUUUAAAUUGUACAUUUACAGGGAAUGUAAGGUCAAAGUCAUUUUAAAAAGCUGCAUGCUCUUGCUAGUCAAAAUUAAUGUGAAACAGACAAAAAAAAUGAAAAAUUUGAAACUGCAUGGAAAAAACAAGUAUUUGGUAGUGUCCAUUUAAGUGCUGUUCAUGUAGUAAUUGGAAGUAUGUAUGAUGAAUAUUAACUUCCUCUUUCAUUGGCAUAUAAAUGUAGACAUAUUUUUACCAAUAUAGAGGAUGAUACCUGUUCUUCCCCACUAGUUAUGCAGCAAUAAUCCUUUAGUUGCUUGUAUGAUUAAAUAGGAAUGCCUCUUGUAGGUCUUCCAAGGACAUGUCUGUAGCUUACUUUAUUUUCCCAUACAUCUAUUUAAAAAGAAAAUAAAACAAUUAAAUCAUUUUCCUCCUUUGCUCAUUUGUGCUGAUUGAUUUUCAUUUUUUUAAUUAUGGGAACUUCAUUUCAAUUUAUUGGUUUAAUAAACCUCUUUUCAUUGUUUAAUGUCUUGAUCCUUUCCUUGAAAUCGGAUUUAAUUAUAUUGCUUACCCAACAAAUAAUUAAUUCAUUGCCAGUAUCCAGUUAUAAAAAAAAAUAAAAUAAUGAACAAUGUGAUCUUUAAUAGGAAAGGUAAAAUUAUACAUUGUCAGAUUUCUGUAGAUUGAAUUAUAGUUUUAGUUUAGCUAGGUUUUCAUGGUAAGGCUGAGUUGUCAGGCCUGCGUUUGUUUCUGAAUCCAUUAUUGUUAGACAGCAUUGAUCCUAUUAUGAAAAUGUAGUUUCCAAUACAGGCCGAGAGCAAGCACAUGAGCAUGUUCUAAAGCACUAUGAAACCUGAUAAAUGGCUAGAAAUUACAUGUAUUGGGCAGUUACUUACCCAUGAAGAGCAUGUAGUAUAUAUCCCUUUCAUCAUUGCACACAUGGUGUCUUGUUUUUGUUAUUUUUCCCAAUAGGUACAGGGGCAUCUUGCAUUUACCCCUUGCUUGGAGCUACAUUGAAUGGCUGGUAUUUCCUUGCUACGGAAGUGGAUGAUAUCUGCUUUAAUUAUGCUAAGAAAAAUGUGGAUCAAAAUAACUUGGCAGAUCUCAUUAAAGGUAUGGACAACAUCCUGUGUAUCUGUUCAGACAAUGACAAGUGUGUAUGUAUAAACUAUUUUUUUUCCAGGUGUUGUCCCACGGUAAGCAGCCCAUACUGUUUCAGUAUAAUGGUUUGACAACUUGCCUACAGGUGCCUAUACUUUAAAGGGUUACUGCAGUAUGCAGUGGACAGUUCUUUUUCUCUAGAUAUGUAGACACAUUUUUUAAAAAAAAAGUGCUGUAGAUUAAUUGCAAAAAAAGUACUUUUUUACUACACCUAACAUGCAUUUUUGUGGUGCUUUCUGAAAACGUUUUAUUUGAGGAAAAGAAACAGACCUGUGACAUCAAAGCACUAACUAGCAUGAAGGUAGUAAGGAAGUGUGAAAUGGAGAAGGUCGGAGUGCCAAAUGAGGCAGGGUUGCAAACUGCUGUAAAACGUUUUGGCGUUUGUUUUUUAAUGGGCAAAAAAUAUAAAUUGAGAAUUCAAAAACAUUUUCUGGUAAAUAAAAAAGUUGUGUGGGUGCCUGGUGUUUUGUGUGGUAAUGAAAGCUGUUCAUUACCCAAUAAGUCCAGUGUUUCUCCUUCUCUCUGUUUGUAAACUGCUGCAAAGCAUUUAAGAAGAAGACUUUAUGAAUGUAAUUUGAAGGUUUUUGUCUCUUUAUCCAUUCCUUUAAAUUAGACCAUGUGUUUGACUCCAGCAAAUAGAAAAUGCUGCAUGUGUAGCUGCUGACCGAUUCUUGCUUAAUUUUUGUGUUUUGUUUUUUGUUUGUUUUUGUAUGUUUUUUACAAUAACAAAACAGAAAAAACAAACUGGACAACUCCAUACAUUCUUAAAGGGUUACUCCAACCACCAUGACUCCUUCAGUGAUUAAUUUUUUUACAUUUUUUUUUUUUUUUAUUCUUUAUUUUGUGCUGGCAAAUAAGAAUAGAACAGAUAGUACAACUUGUACCCCAUUUGGCAGAAAAAUACAAGUAGCGAUUGUUGCUGUACAAAAAUAAAUCCUUUUUUAAAACUUUUUUUAGUUCUUUUUAAACACCCCGGAUGAAUAAGGUCCUAAUAUUACGUAAGAAACAAUGGUGUGUGGUUAUAUAAAAACAUAAGUUAAGAAAAACAAAGGCUAGUCAUGUAUACUGCCAGUUAUAAUAGAACACAAGGAUAACCAUAAGGAACAGAAAUUUACGGCCUGACGAGAUAUUAUAACCCAGGGAGGCUGGUGAUGGUUGGCAACUAAUGGGAAUGGUGACCUGGUAGCGCAGCCUCAUGCGUCUCAAUUAGAUGACCGGUUUAGGGUUAAAGGGGAAAUAUAGAGUAAGGACUUCUGGCCAGCAGUUAGGGAAACUAUAAAUCGGCUGCUCCAUAAUCCCGGAGCACUGGGAGGGUAACAGGGGAACAUAAGGUGCCAAGUCAAGGCACACGUUGGGAGCUCAUAAAAGGAGAAAUGGUCUUAUCAUAUGGAAACAAACUAAAAAACAAAAAACAUUUAUAAAUAUAGCUGAUCUCAUGCUCAAUCUUAAGGGACCAGUACUCUGCUCACUCUUCAGCCAGUAUCCGCUGCAGAUCGAGGGGUGAUGGGAACAACCUGAGACAUGUCUCAGGAGUGGCUCAGUCCAUCAAUGGCCUCUGUAGAUGGGGUAAGUCUCAAUUCUCGAGGUAAAUUGAUGAGAAUGGCUAGCCGUACUCGAGAAGGGCCCCAUUUAUAGGUCAUGCUUGCAGAUCCUAAGGUCUUUGUGACCUGUAGGAGGGUUCUCCAGUCCAGACUAGGACCUACAUUGCUUCAAACUGGAAGGGCGUUUUGCUCCGCAAAUUCUCCAGAACAGCCAUCUGGUCCCGUUGCAAGGAGCCUCAGCCGAAGCCCUGGCGGAUUUAGGUACUCUGAAGCAGCUGUCCACUUAUAUCGCGGGAUCCUUCCCCUGUGAGGGCUUUGAGCUUUUUAGCUUUUUUCCCCAUGUUGGCCUGAUGUGCCGAGACCCUUUCACGGAUGAAAUCAGCUUGUGGUUGUGAGCCGAGUGUGCUAUAUGCCAGGUAAGCCGCGGGAGCUUGGCCAACAUGCGUCUGCUCUCUGUGAUCACCAAGCCCCGCCCUCCUCAGUGAUUUUAGGUGGUUAUGGUGGUAGAAGUCAGUAUGUUCUGUGAUUCUGCUUGAAAUACUGCUCAUAUGGAAUUAUUUCUAAUUGUGUGCUGGGAGCAUUGACAGCGUCUGUUGUCAGUGUGCACAGCAGACAUUAAAAAAAAUGGCUAUCCCCUCCAAUCCUCCCUCCCUCUCUGCAUCGAUCAUUUGCUUAUUUUUAAAAAUAAAUUAAAUUCUCCCACAUAAUGUGCCAAGUCAAGGCACACGGUGGGUUAAAAAAAGAAGAAAUGAUCUAAUCAUAUGGUAAUAAACUAAAAAACAAAAACAAUUUAUUACUCUGCUCACUCUUUAGCCAGUAUCCGCUUGUGCUCUGAGCUGGCAAAAUGGGCCAAUCACAGGCUUCUGUAUGAGCCCGAUAUGGUGGUUCUAAUACUAUAAGUACCCUGGCCUGGUUGGGCUGACCAUUUAGUAACCGUUUGCUCUCUUACCUUGGUCCCUACCAGAUUUUAAGCUACAGAAGCCCAAAGAAAGCCCCCCUCUCCAAUGUGUCAGAUGACCACUCUCAGCCAGUGAAUGGCACAUUGUUAAAAAUAAAUUGCACAGAAUUGACAUUAGCCAACCAGGAACUCUUGCUAAUGACACUGCCGGAGAUGGAGUUACACCUCUUGCAGCCAUGGGGUUAAACUUGAUAUGUGCAGCGUUUCAUAACAAAAUGCUACACAUACAAACACCAGGCACCAUGACCACUUCAAAUCACUGAAGGGUUCAUGGUUCUUGGGGUAAUUCUUUCAUCAUUGACGUUUUUCAUCUUGAGAACAGGGUUGGGAAGCAUUAUUUUAGAGAGAGUCACUCUAUAUAUUGAAUGUUUAAUGUCCUUUAACCAUAUUUACUACAAUGUAAAAAGUAGCAGUCUAGACAUAUUCCAGAAUUUUAUUUUGCAUGAAAGUAAUAUGUGAAAUAUAAGCCAUUCAGGAAUUAGCUCAUUGUCUGGUAAGCUAAGGCCUGCACUUCCGAGCUUAGCUCAGAGAACUUCAGGUAGUUUGUCUGAGGUAGUGGAUGUGGCACUCUGCCAACUCCAAAAACAGUUUGUCUCCUUACAAUGGUGCUUCAGGUAGCCAUGAAUAUUUUUAAUUUAUUUUUAAUUUUUUCUUCUCUUCAAAAAAAACCAAGCAAACAAAACACAUUAACCAACUAAAUGUUCAAAAACAUGAAAAAUUCAAAUGGCAGUGAUGCUUUAAAAAAAGACUUAACUAGUAAUAUCAUAUGAAUUACUGAAAAUAUAAGUAGGUGACUGAACUAGAGUGACUCUUGGUCAAGGGUUGCCAAAAAAUGGCCAUGGUAUUGUUGGUGACAUAAAUUUAGAAAUGUUGUAAUUAUUCCAAUUUAAAUGCAAGUCUGUAUUUGUGACUUGUUUUCCUUUUGAGAAUUUCAGUUUGUGGGUCUUGCAAUGUUCUCAUAUCAUUUUCUGUGUUACUAUGUGGCAUUGCAGUACUUUUUAUGGAACUAUAACAGAUGUCCUUGUACACUGGAAAAUCUAUUGUAUUUAUUGCAAACUUUCCAGGAACAUGGUUGUUGCAUUACCAUAUUGAAAUAUUUAUGACCUCUUAGUGAAUAAAUCAUUGGUUAGCCUUGUGUGGAAUGUAUAACUUGCUCUGUCGAAUAGUGAUCUUACUGACACAAAUUUAUGCUGGAGAAGAAACAAAAAAGUAAUAAUUACCCAGAAAAUAUGAAAAAUAAAAUAAAAAAACGCGAAUCAAACUGAGCCUUUCAAAUAUAAUUUUAUUUUUUUUGCAAUUGCUCUCUGUUUCUGAUAAAUGUUGGGAUGUAUUUUAGUUAACAGUUAAAAACAAAGCUUUCAGAUGGAGCAUAGAUCACACCACAUGAUGGUUGCUUUUAAUAACAAUGAGGAAGAAGUGCCACUCAGAACUCUACUGGUACUGCUAUCCGUUGUGAUUGCAGGAGGUACACUUUGGUUUCUUUUCUUUUACUUAAAAGGACAGGCUAAGCACCCAAAUCACUUUGUUAUUAAAGUUUUUUAUAUUGUAGUAUAGAUGCUGCCCCUGCAAUGCUGAUGCUUACUAGUGCCAGCAACAAGGUCUGUCUGACAGAAAUACACUCAAUUAUUAAAUCUAUUUGAUGUUUGGCUAUGUACCUCUAAUUCUCUAGAGAGAAUAUGAUUGGUGGGUCAAGGAGAAUGCUGCGCAUGUGCCCUAGUUUCCAUAAUUGGUUACCAGAGCAGUCAUAACCACUGCAGCAAAACUGGAGUGUUUGAGAUGGUAGAAGUACCCUGGCUCCAUUUCCAUGUAAUGGGGCAAACUUUUUUACAAUGGUGUGCCCUCUUUCCUAGUCGUGCCGGAUCUGCUCUCCUCUGACACCCAGCUUCUGCAGAUCCUUAAUGUUGAUCCUGCCUCUCAUUUAUUGGCUGAGAGCAGCAGCUGGCCACUCUCGGCUAAUUAAUGCAUAUCGGUGCACCAAAUUUUUCACAGAACGAACACCCCAUUGAAAAAAAACUGCAAGCCAAGGUGUUAAACUCGAUAUGUGCAUGUAUUUCAAGACCACACAUACACACUCCAGACACCAUGACCACUUCAAAUCACUGAAGGUGUCAUGGUAAAUACACGGAUACAUGGAAUAAUACACAAGGACAAUGCCUGUGUCAAAUACCACAACCAAACAUAAUUUGGAUGUGAAGCCAUUCAAAAUAAAACCUUAUUGGACAAUAUAAAUAUUUACAAAGUAAACACUGCAUAAGAACAAUUCUCUCUAUAUAAAAAUAAAAGUGCAUUUGUCCUUGUGUGUUAUAAAUCUGCCGUUUGUUCUUUGAACUGUUUUUAUACCCUUUUAUUAAAGAGACAACAUACAGAUAGGUAAGAGAGUCUGUGUCGUCAAGAGUUUUCGUUAGUGUAUCGCAUCAUGCAUUGGAUUAACAAUAAUUUGUCUGGGGACAGCCACAUAUUGCUGGAGCUCCCGGGGGAAAUUUACUUACUAAGCCUCAAAUUGUGCACUAAUGCCCUACUUUCUGGCUAAAAGCUUGCUACUCAAUCCUGGGUACAUUCUGCCAACACUUUGGCACGCUCUUGCUUGCACCUGAUGGACACCUCUCAUGCUCUACUACUGUGUGGUCUGCAGCUGCACUCUAGGUUGGAGAUGUUUACAAUCGUCAGCCUUGACUUUUGCACUUGUGAGCCAUGUGCCCAGUCUCCCCACACUGCCCCUCUCCCGUUUGGACCGAUGGAGGAUAUCCCAGUCCCCACUGGUGCUUUGGAGUGGUCACCCUGUCCGGACUUUCAGCUUGCCAAUGAAAGGAAAGUUGAUGCUUAAUUAAGAUGGUCAACCAGUUGGGGCCAGCAGCCGUGAGCAACUCCCCGCAAACUUCAACACUCGUUCAGCCACUACUUCAGGCUUUUAACAGCCUUUUUGAAGCCUUCAUAAUGAAAUUCCAUGAAUAGGGACUUACCCCCGCUUCUUUAUACUGUGCCACAGACCACCGGAGCUGUCCUGUUGAUCAAUGCCACAAAUGUUGGUAUUCACCCAAGAGUCUUAGGAAAGAUGAGCAGGAAGCCACUGUGACAAGCAACUUGAGGGUUCCGAUGACCAUGCCAAUGAAUGACAAGCAGGAUCAGAGCCUGUUCAUGCAGUGCUUCACUGAAAAAAAAUGCUGCACUUACCUAGUUAAAGAGAACGUUACCUGCAUUCUGGCCUAAAUCCCAAUGUACAUUUAAACAAAAUGGAGGCUCUUUAGUUUUAUUCCAAUGGCCAUUUGAUUAUAUAAGCUCACCUACCACGUCAAGGCAAGCCUCAAUAGGUGAGUUCCUACACUAGCCAUUAGGUAUGCUGAUAUCAGCCAAGAAUCUCCAGUGAGACAGGAAGGGGUAUUUUAUAAACCCUUUUCACAUUGAACCCUUUAUAGGGCUUCUACACGUACAAUAAACUUUGCUGGUAUCAGACGAGGUGUAAAUAAGUGUCUUUCUAACAAAUUACUUACCCCAUAACGGAUUAGUAAUAUAGUGUUAGUCAUCUUUAACCCCUUAAGGACCAAACUUCUGGAAUAAAAGGGAAUCAUGACAUGUCAUACAGGUCAUGUGUAUGCCAAGUUACCACAACAACUACAGCUAUUUGUCCUGGGGAGUAUAAUCAUUCCCUUCAGGCUUUUUGCAGUAAACACUGUUUUUUCAAAGAAAAGGCCAUGUUUACAUUACAGCCUAGAAAUACCUCAACUGGCCACUCCUCAGCACUGCCAUUCAUUGUCUCCACCCUCGGCAUGGCGAUGCUGAACUUUCCUCAUAGAUAUGCAUUGAUUCAAUGCAUCUGCAUGAGGAGAUGCUGUUUGGCUUGUGCUGGCUCUGCCCCUGAUCUACAUUCUUAAGUCUCAGCCAAUCCUAUGGGAAAGCAUUGUGAUUAGCUUUUGAUCAACACUUCUGAUAUCAAGUUGUUUUUAAGUGAAUAUAUUGGGUCCGAUUCUAUGAGAGUGAUGUUUAGGUCAUUCUUCCAUUUACUGUGUAGGUUUCGAUCAAUUUUUUUGAUCUAGCGUUCUUAUAUUUUUAGCUUUUGGAAUCAUCCCUUUCUUAUUCUGUGCCAUAAGGUUAAAGGACCACUAUAGGCACCUAGACCACUUAAGCUCAAUGUAGUGGGCUGGAUGCCAGGUCCAUCUAGGGUUAAACCUGCAGCUGUAAACAUAGCAGUUUCAGAGAAACUGCUGUGUUUUUAGAAUAGGGUUAAUCCAGCCUCUAGUGGCUGUCUCAUUGACAGCCGCUAGAGGCGCUUCAGAGUUGUUUUCCUGGCACUAUAGUGGUCCUUUAACUAGGCAAAUUCAUUGAGAUGUUGUUACCCUGAUGGAGAAUUUUUACUAUGUGGUAUGUGAAGAUAGCUUUACUUCCAAUGUUGUACUCUGAUUGUAGUCUAGGGAAAGUUUUUAUCUGUGUAUACCUCUUUUAAUGUCUCUUUUCCUUUUAAUUCUCAUAUAUCUAAAUCUUGUAGGUUAGUCGUAAGAGCCUGUACUGGGAAACCGUUAAGGAUCUUAUUUUGUAUUUCCAUCUGGCGCUUUAAAUUAUACCAAAAAUUGGGUCGAUUGUUGGAAAUAUUUAACACUUUUAGUAAGCCACAAAAUGCCUUUUUUCUGAUAGAUCUUUUAGGUAUAUUUUAGCAAAGAAAAUGUUAACUAUCUACAAAAGUGACAUACGUAUGGAAAAGCCAUUUCUCUUCCUCAGAAACUGACAGAACCACUUUAAGUUUCAACACCCUGCAUUGUUUGUUAGCUUAUGUUAUUGAUUUGGCCUUGUAACAUGUCAAGCAUAUCUGGUCACAAACAUUUCUCAUGAUAUACCUCUGACUGGCUUAAAGGUUAUCACAUGGGAAUUAAGGAACACUAGAGUGGAGGAGGGCCAUACAUAAGGUUAAUAUGUUGGUUUUUGGUGGUGGUUUUUUUUUUUUUUUUUUUUAUUUUAUAAAUUGAAAAAACAAUCCUGUCUGCAUUGAUUAAGGAAUAAUAUCAUAGUUUAGUACAGUAAUUUUUAACCCCUCGGUUAGAUUCCCGUUGCCAUAUUAGUGAGUCCCUAGUGUAUAAAUUCAACAGACCCAAUACAACUGAAACAAUAAAGUGAUUAUUGUAGAAGAGCUGUCAUCCACAGUGGAUUGCAGAACCCUCUGAUAACAGUCUCAGAAAAGUGUUUUUCAGAAUUAAUUUUAUGUUAUGUUACAUGACUGGUGACGUCAUGCUAUAUUAGAACUGAGGAAUGGGUUGUCAACCCCUAAUGCCAUUUAUGUAAUUUGGGCCCUUUAAAAAAAAAAAAAAAAGCCUCAUAGGAUGUGAUUAUUUUAAUGCUGUUAGGCCUGUGGAUAUCCCUUAGAAAACAGGACCUGGUCUAUGUACAAAUGUACAAUACUUCUAGAACCCAGCGAUAUACCAGGAGCAACAACAAUGAAAGGGACAUACGUUUUAUGUUUGAGCUAUGGCAUUGAGAAAGAAGGGACUGUAAAUAAAAUUGUGCAGUAUUUAGCAUUGUUGUCCUCUGGGCAGUGAUACAAAAAACCCUUUUUUGAUCAAGGUGAACAAGGUAGAAAAAGUGAUUUGGUCUUUACUCUGAACAUCCUUGCAGCAUUUUUUCUAGAUAGGACAGAGUCAUGCAAUCUAUUCUGAAAGCUUAAAAGAAACACUAUAGGGUCAGGAACACACACAAGUAUUCCUAACCCUAUAGUGUUAAAAACACUAUCUAGCCCUCCUUGCCCCCUCUAAACAUAGUAAAAUAUUACCUUGAAUCCAGUUUGAUGGUGCUGCUUCUGCCCCUGAUCUGCCUCCUUGGCUGAUAUUAUCAGAAGUGUGAUCUCAGCCAAUCACAAUUCUUUCACAUAGGAAAUCAUUGGAUUGACUGAGAUUGUCAAUUCUGAUGAUCUCAGCCAGGGAGGCGGGUGGGGGGCGUUUCACUCUUUUGACACGCAAGAAAUCAGAGGGAGGACUUGGUCUUCUAAUCUUGGCUUGUUCUACAAGGCAACAAUACUUUCACAGGUCUAUGAAUGGACUCACUCCAAUAAUGACAAACAGUGGGUUCAAUUAGAUCGCUCAUUUUUCCUAAUACCAAUGUACACGGUCCCAUGGCACUUCAAGUCUGACACUCACCUUACCAGUCUGGUCUCAACCUUAUUUAACCUUACCUGUCCCCUUUAAACCCAUUAACACAAAACAGUUUUUUCGCGCCAGGUCUCCGUGGGCAAAAUUACAGAGCUUAUCACUCUACUCCAUACCUCUCACUUGGGUCUAUCUUGACCCAAUCUGGGGUUAGAACACUGACCUGUAUAUUUCCCAAUGAACUCUACACACCCAUGCAAAAAUUCCGGUAUAACCAGAUCACACAUUUCAUACUCUCUAUAUCUCAGCUUUUAUCUGGCAAAAGAGAAUUUAAGAAAUUUGAACAAUACUGCUCAUCACACAGCGUAAUAAAAAAAUAAAAAAAAAGUCUAUAUAAUUCUCAAGGGGACCUUCCUAAAUUUACUGCUCAAUGGUCCCAAGAGCUACACCUUUCCAUCACCCAUGACAAAUGGAGAGAGAUCUUUCUAUUUAUACACCUCUCUUCACAUAAUCUCACAACACAAGAAAGUAACUACAAACACUCUCUAGAUAGCACUACACGCCUACCUAGUUACACAAUGUAUUUCCCUCCUCGAAUGCCUGUUAGAGAUGCCAUCAACACAGUGGUACAUCUUCUCACAUAUGGUGGCAGUGCGCUGUCAUCCAGAGGUUCUGGACUCCUUUAUUGGCAUUCAUAUACACCAUCAUAGAUGUACAACUUCCACCAACUCACACCACAGUGAUACUUUUUUCUGUUUCCGCAGUCUUUGCAUACAUGUAAGGCUUCUUUACUGAAACAUCUUUUCACAACUACAACCAGUUUGUACCAACUUCGGAAAAAUAUGAACCCACCCUCAAUAAGAGAUUGGAUUUAAAAAGUUAAACAUAUCUGGAUUAUAGAGGAAUUAUGACCCUAUGACACACAGAUAUCCUCAAAAUGUAAGCACUUGAUAAACGUGGAUUUCUUUCAGUCAGCGGCAGUCACCCACAAGCCAUAUUACACACUGACACCCCGUGCUGAAUUGUAGCUUUUUUAUGUGUUUGUUAUAAUGUAUGGAGACCCCAGGCUGCAAAUUGAAGUUCCUAUUUGUUUACACUGUUGCAUGACCAAUGGGAUCCCCUCCAUAUUUUAUUGUCUCUGCUAUUGAUAGUGAUCUCCAAUUGUGACUACAGACUACAGUGUAUCGUGUUACUGGGAAGACACUGCAAUUCUUGCAUUUUUCUCUUUUGUAUUUUCUGCAAUGGCUAAUUCGUCUAUAGUACUCUAUAUUAAAAUGUGAUUUUGGAACUCUCUUUGGAAUAAUAAAUGUGAUUUCUUCUUUUACACAAGAAACUAAAAAAAAAAAAGUGUUUACAGUUAAAUUAUGAUAUAUAAUGUUAGUAUGACCAAGUGUAUCCUCAAUUGACAAUAAUUUUCUUUCUGGAGUAAGUACAAUUUUUAAGCACUUUUGUUCACAAUAAAUUAUUUUUUUAAAUCAUAAAUAAAUGAUUACCCUCCCUCUAGCUUUAUUGGUCAUUAGACUUAAUUAGACAAAUUGGAAAUUUCCAGCUAUAUGAGAGUGCACACAUUAUAUACAUUCAUGCAAAUAUUUUUUGUUUUGUUUCUUUGUAGUGGUUAAAGUGCCACAGAAAACACUCCUAAUGGAUGCAUUAAAGGAAGAAUCCGAGAUUAUUUAUGAUUUUUGUAUGUGCAAUCCUCCGUUUUUUGCUAACCAGUUGGAAGCCAAGGUACAGUAUUUUCUAUUUGUUGAUGGAAAACUUGCUACUGCUCUGCCCAAUUAUAUGUAGUAGUCCCACGGGUCCUUUGCUUGCAUCUCAGGUUACACUGGCAAACAGUUGGGGACCCAAGGUCCUUCUGAUGUGCUCUCAGCUGUUAAUUUUUAUCCCCAAUGUGGUUGUUUAUUGAUGUGCUAACGUGGAAGUAUGAAUUUACUCUGUAAUGAGUAUGGUGGUUAGUGUGCCCAUUUAAAGAUGUAAAAGAAAAAAACACAAAUUACUUAACACAUAAUCUAAUAAAUACUGAUGUGUUUUAGUCAAUCAGCUAUCAGAAUGAACUAUUUGUUGUGGGUUCUCCACACCAUUCCUACUUACAGUCUCAAACGUCAUGCAGAAUAAUAGCAGGAUAGAUAUUGUCAGUCCUGCAAACAAAAAAAUGCAAUGAAUAUAAAAUAUAUAUAAAUAUUUUAUUCCCAUCACCAAUAUAUAAACAACUGGUGCGUGGCGAUAAAUAUCAGUUUACCCAAAGGAACCUACAAGUAGAUUUCCCAUUUGAUUCAACACUUCACUAUACCAAGUAAAUAUUGGGAAUUAGCUGUUUGUGUGCAGAAAGGAUGCCUCCCCAAAAAUUUGUAGGUCUAAUUUCACUCCUGAUAUCUCUACUCCGGUUGCUGCAAAUGCUGAUCUUUAGGCCCCAUUUACUAAAUAUACAUUAGUUGAUACAUAAAGUAUGUCAAUAAACUAUAAGGCUUUUGUAGUUUAGCAGUAAAGAUGUAGAAAUAAGUUUAUGUGGUAAAAUAAUGUAGCCUUAGGGACUACAGCAGGGUAUAGAUGUAAAAAUGUCUAUUUUUUUUUUUUUAAGUAAAUUGAAACAAAAUAAGGUCUUACGCAUUUCCUCUCUCUAGUGAUUUCCUCAGGGACUGGAUAUUAAAAACUAUUCCAUAAAGUGUGUGUAACAAAGUUAUAUAGAUUGUCCUAUAACUCAAACUGAGGCUUUCCCCGACCAGGAGGGAACUGGCAAACAGGUUUAGUACUUAUUGGUUUUCCAUAGGAUAAGAGCCUGUUCUCAACCUUUUAUGUUGUGUUUUUGUUUUGUUUUUUUGCAGAGGAUACCUGCUUUUCAGUGUGUACAUGUUUAACAUUAAAGUAACAAUCAAGUCACUUGGGUUGCCUUUUUAGUUGGUUAAUGAGGGACACUGAUUUCAGUGAUAUUUAAGGGGCAGUCCAAAAGCCAUAACCACUGGCGUGACAUCCCAAGAUCCCAAAUCGCUACAUCUUAAUAUGUUUUUUUUGUGGAUAGAUGCUGUCUUUUUUUCCCGACAAUCUAAAACAUAGCCAUUUUUGAGAAACCACUUUUACUAAAUAUACAUCAGUUGAUACAUAAGGUAUGACAAUAAACCAUAAGGCUUUUGUAGUUUAGCAGUAAAAAUGUAGAAAGAACAGUUGAGGUGGUAAAAUAAUGUAGCUCUAUUUCUUUAUAUUUUCUUUUAUCAUCAUCAUCAUUUAAAAAUUAAAGUUAAAAAUUUCCUGUUCCAUUAUUUUAGGGAGUGAACUCCCGAAAUCCUCAUCGUCCACCACCAAGCUCUGUGAACACUGGCGGCAUUACAGAGAUAAUGGCUGAAGGGGGAGAGUUAGAGUUUGUUAAGAGGAUCAUACACGAUAGUCUUCAGCUUAAGAAAAGGUUACGGUGAGUAAUGAUUUUAUUAUGCUUGAUCAGUUUAUUGAAACAAUUUUACAAGUUUAUAACAUUCCCAAUGAAACGCAUGGGUAAAUGCUGCAAUGAAUUUUUUGGGCAUCACUGGUUAGACCAAAGUGCAGCCUUAUUCAAUGUACGGUAAGUAUUAAGAAGGUAUACCUAAUAAGUGAGGCAAAACCUCAAUGUAUUCUUAUAAAAUCCUUAGGCAAUAUGUGAAUCUUCAUUUUAGCACAAGGGGAAUAUAUUACCAUAGAAUAACGGAAAUAAUAUUGCUUAACUUUUUUUUUUUUUUUGCAACUUUUUGAACAGUGCAAUCUAUAUGCUUCCCAACAGAUAUACCUCCCUUUACACUUGCCCUACAUGGAACGGACAUGCCCCUUAGGUCUUUCUAACAUUGACAAGUAUAAACUCACACUAAGAUUGUUUUAGCUUAUACUGUAAAAUGGGAAUGUUUGUUAAACUGUGUCAUUUUAUGACUGAUCUAUGUGAACUAACUGUAUUUAUCAAUGUAUUUUGUACAUGCUUUUUCAGUAUGUUACUAGUAAACCUGAAUAAAUGAUCUUACUAUGAGAAAUGUAAUUAUGUAGAGGGUCCAGAGUAUAAUGCUUGAUACAUCAUUUUAUAUCCCUUUUGAUAUAAUAGAAUGUGAUAGGUGAACCAACAGUCCAUUACCCAAUUCUAUGUUUUGAAUUUUAGCUUGAACAGAUGCAUAAUUUCAUUGCCUCCUGCAAAUGCCACACCGUCGCUUACAGUGCACAGGUUAUUGGAAAAACCAACAGUAUCCACCCCACCUUCGCUAACAUUGUCCCUGAAAUUUAGCUUUCAUAAUCACUUUAUUUCUCUCUCUGCAUUUACGUCCUUCCUCCUCUUCUUUCUGCAGUUAUUGGGCAUAUACUUUGACACUUCCUACGACAAUCUCCAAGUGCACUGUAGUUGUUCUCCUCUUUCCUGGUCUGUGUGGGUUGUUAAAUGUAACAGUGUAAGAUCCCAAACCACUGCAUCUUAAUGUAAUGGUUUUUGUGGUCAUUAGUCCUUAAAGUUUACAGAAGCUUCCACAUUAGUUGUUGUAGCAUGAAACACCAGAAAAUUAUUUCAGAUAACUGAAAAUAUUAAAAUCACAUUUUUAAAAAAGUUUUGAUAUUUCAAAAUAAGGGAAACAGAAUAAAGAAAGGGAGGUACACAAUACAAAAAUUAUUUUAACCGUGCAUCAAGAGAGGCAAGUCACUUAGGUUUAAUGGAGAGUGCAUAGGUGUAUGCAAUAUGAACGUCAAUAUAUAUCCAAGUUACAAACGGAUCAGGAGACUGGAAGGUAUAGUACACCUAAUACUGGAUACAAUAGCCUCAUUGAUAUAUUGACAAAAAAGGUACAUAAAAUGUGGGAGAUGUGGUGGCUGCUACUGGCGAUAAAAAAAAUAUUACCAUCUCUUAAUGAUAAACAGAAAAGGAAAAAAAGAAGAAGAAAUGCAAGCCCAUAGUGGUGGGGAUCCUAUCUUUAGGCCAUCACCCUACCAAAAUUAUACCUUUGGUGAGAGGAUCCCCUCCUCAAUAAUGGUCGCAUAAAUCAGUGCAAAGGGGAUAUGCCCCUUGAACCUGAGAAACAAGGGAUUGGGAGAACAGAAGGCCAAGUAGAAAGAAGCAGAGGGAUGAGUAAUCAAUAGCAUGAAGAGGAAAGAGAAGAGGAAAAGAAAAAAAAGUAUUAGUCACAGAAACCAAAAAUCCCAGAAAGGGGAGGUAGGGUGGUGGGGCUGGGGGGUCAGGCAAGGUGGUGAGCGGGUAGGAGUGGGGUGUCGGCGCCACCUCAAUAGUGUUGUGAGCUGAAAUGGGCUGAGAUGCCACCUCAAUAGUGUUGUGUACGCCUAUGUCUUACGAUUUAAGCAAACGGAGAUCGUAGCAGUAGCCCCACAGAUGGCCACCCAGUCCCGCGGGUCCGCUAUAGGACCCAAAUCCCUCUCCCAAGUCGACAUAUGACAAAUAGUCCUCCUGCUUGGUGUGAGUGAGAAGGAAGUAGAUGGUGGAAAUUUGACCUUUUGGGAUAGGGCAUUGGACACACGCUUUUUCAAAAGGUGUCGGUGCUGCCGUAAAAGCUUUACUUAGUUACAUUGCUUAAAAGAGACUUGCGUCCUUCAAGUUCAGCCUUGCUCACGUAUGUUUUUGCUGUUGAUCCAAAAGAAAGCAAAAACCUAGUCUGAAGCGCUUCCAAUUUUGCAACAAACUAGGGGAAAAAAAUCCUUCUUGACCCCAAAAUAGCAGUCAGAUGUCUCCUUGGAUCAAGCAGCUAUUACCCCUCUAAUUAGAAAUUAUAUCCCUGUAUGUUAUGUUUUUGCAAGUAUUUAUUCAAUAGCAGUUUAAACAUCUGUAUGGACUCUGACAAAACAACCUCUUCAGGCAGAGAAUUCCAUACCCUUAUUGCUCUUACUGUAAAAAAAACGUUUCUUUGCCUUAGUUGAAAGCUUGUUUGUUAACAGGCGUGCUAAGGAAGCUCUUUAUCUGGAUGUGGCUUAAAAUCACAUUUUUGUUACUGCUAUAAUACAGUAUGUUCUUUUAUGGAAUGGAAAGUCAUAUCCAUUUGAUAGAAUGCUAAUUUAAUUAUAAUGUAACAUACUAUUGUAUCAAAAAUUGUUUUCAUAAAAAUGAAUGCAUUGGAUAUCCAGCUGUGUCCUGACAGUUUUUCUUGGACUACAAUUACCAAACACUUCUAGCUGGCAAAGAAUUAUAAGAGUUGUAGUACAGCAGCUUGAGUAGUGGCACAAUUUGAGUCCCUAAGGUUCUACACAACAGGCUAUCAAGAACAAGCAUCUCAUGUUGAAUGCCAUAUUGUGCUUGGUUUAAAUGUAAUAUAUUGUCUGUCUAGCUGUGUGACAGUAUGUAGUAUUUUUACUUAAUUACAAAUGGAAAUGUACAUUUUUACAGCAGAAAUAGCCCAACCACUGUGACAAUUUCCUCUGCUCGCUGCUAAUUCUUAAAGCUAUUUUUUUUGUAAUCACCAAGUGUCUUGCAGGUUUUUAACAGUUAUGUGUCAUAUUAAGCAAAAAUUGGGGACACAGUAUUGUUUCUGACACCGGGAUUGCAAUGACAGUGAGCAAAACAUAAUCUGAUGUUGUCAUUAGUAAACAGAUGGAAUCUCUGCCUUUAAUCCUGAGCAUGACUGCAUUUAUAAAGCUAUCCCCAAGGGGUCUGUGUUCCCAGGAACAGCCUGGCAAGUACUGCUAGGUAAUAGUACAUUGAGCUGUCAAAAGCUUGAUCGAGGGAAACUGAUAUUGAAAACCAUUUUCUGAGAGGGGCUAAAGAGAUCUGGUUUUGAAGGCUAAUUAUUUAGAACUGCUUAGCUGUGACGAGGCACUCAAGAAUUACACAUUAUAAGAAAACCAUACCUUUGGUCUUGCGUCAGAACCAUGCAUUCUGCACAUGUAAGAGCACUUCACAGUUUGCAUGUGGUUUGAGAGAAUGUUAUUAGUAGGACAGUAUACAGAAACUAGAUGCAUCAAAUGACACGUGGAAAUAGCUGUAAAGUACGCAAUAUGUCACAACUAUGUGUUGGCUGUACGGAUUUUAAAAUUUUACCAGAUGUUUUUGUUUUUUUAUAUAUCUUUAAUUAUAAGCACCCAAAUAACUUUACCUUAAAGGAGUAGUUUUGAUCUGUAGAUCAUGUCUCCACAGUCUUACUGCUCCACGAUCUGUCAUUCAGGAGUAAAUUCACUUUGUUUAUGCAGCCCCAGUCACUACCCAGCAGCUAAAUUUCUGUCAAAUGGUCUCACAUCUUUUUUGCGCAGCGAGGCGUUCUGCCACACAUGCACACUACCUUUCAAGUGGUUUACUAUUGGAAAGCAUUGAAUGGUUAAGAUUAUUGAUCAGGAUAAUCUCAGACAUGAAGGCCAGACAAACCAGAGAGCACCACAGCAUGGGAAAAAAGCAAAGUUGACUACCUUUUCAUGCACUGGGGGGGUCACCUUAAGGACACUAUAGCGUUACGAAUACACAUUUGUAUUUCUAACGCUUUUGUGUUCCUUUAACCCCUUAAGGACUGAGCCAAAUGUACAUGUUGUGAUCAAAACUAAACGUAAACAAAAACUUGAACUUGCGCUAUAUGUCUGUUCAGGCGUAAUUCGCCUCUUUCAUAUUAUGUGUACCCACACUUAUUAUAUAUCAUUUUAUUCAGGGGAAACAUGGCUUUCAUUCAACAUCAAAUAUUUAGGUAUGAAACAUAAUUUAAUGUGAAUAAAAUAUAAAAAAAAUGGGAGAAAAUAAGAAUUAAAUUUUUUUUUGAUCUACGUGACAUUCUAUUUAUGAAUGUCAUAAUACUGUUUGCUUUUACUACAAUAAAAUACACAUAUUCGUAUUCAGCGAUAUCUCACGUGUAAAAUAGUACCCCCUAUAUACAGGUUUUAUGGUGUUUUGGGAAGUUACAGGGUCAAAUAUAGCAUGUUACAUUUUUCAGUUUUUUCACAUUGAAAUUUGCUAGAUUGGUUACGUUGCUUUUGAGACCGUAUGGUAGCCCAGGAAUAAGAAUUACCCCCAUGAUGGCAUACCAUUUGCAAAAGAAGACAACCCAAGUUAUUGCAAAUGGGGUAUAUUCAGUAUUUUUUAGUAGCCACUUAGUCAAACACUGGCCAAAGUUAGUGUUAAUAUUUGUUUGCGUGUGAAAAAUGCAAAAAACAAAUUUGAACGCCAAUUUUGUCCAGUGUUUGUGACUAAGUGGGUACUAAAAAAGACUGAACAUACCCCAUUUGCAAUAUCUUGGGUUGUCUACUAUUGAAAAUGGUAUGCCAUCAUGGGGGUAAUUUUCAUUCCUGUGCUACCGUAUGGUCUCACAGGCAACAUAACCAACCUGGCGAAUUUCAAUGUGAAAAAACUGAAAUGCAAGCCUUAUAUUUGACUCUGUAACUUUUGAAAAUACCAUAAAAUCUGUACAUGAGGGGUACUGUUAUACUCGGGAGACUUCGCUUAACACACAUAUUUUUUUUGUUCAAAACUGUAAAACGUAUCACAACAAUAUCGUCUGUGUAAUUGCCAUUUGUGUGUGAAAAAUGCAAAAAAAAUUCACUUUCACUGACAAUAUCGUCGUCGUAAUUCAUUUUACUAUUUUGAAACACUAAUAUUUGUGUUCAGCGAAGUCUUCCGAGUAAAACAGUACCCCCCCGUGUACAGGUUUUAUGGUGUCUUGGAAAGUUACAGGGUUAUAGUGCUAGCAAAUUAAAUUCCCUGAACUUUUUGCCUGGGUUGUCAGGCAGGUCCCGCUAAUUGUAAUUAAUAAAAAUGACCUAAUUAUGUAAAAUUAUUACAUAAAUAUAUAUGUAUGUGUGUGUGUAUAAAUAUAUAUAUUUCGUUUGUGUAUUUUGAUAUCAAUAUAUAAAAAUACAGUUAAAACAAAAUUACACAUAUAUAUUUUUUAUUUUUUAACGUAUUUACAUAUUUAUUUUAUAUUAUAUAUAAAUAUAUAUAUUUAAUCAGUAUCAUUGUACAUGUAUUUUGAUAUUAUAUAUUUAUAAUUAUAUAUGUAUUAAUAUUAAAAUACACUUAGACAGUGUAUAUAUGUGUGUAUGUAUGUAUAUAUGUGUAUAUAUAUAUAUAUAUAUAUAUAUACUUAGAUCAUAUAUAUAUAUAUAAUAAAUAUAUAUAUAUAUAUAUAUGAUCUAAGUAUAUAUUUUAUUUUAAACUGUUAUUAACUUUAUUUUUUUACUAUUUUCAGACAGCAGGGGGAGUAGCUGUCAUUACUCCCCCUGCUGGCUAUGCCGUCCAUGUGAUCGUGAGGUCCUCGCAAGGACCUCACGAUCACAUGGCCUGGGUGGGGGAGGGGGAAUCCCUGGGCUCCCAGGUAAGUCCCCAUACCGCGAUCGUCGGCGUUUAGAGCUGGUUCCCUAAGGACGGCAUAGAACGCCCGCCGUCCCUAAGGGGUUAACAGAACAGGAGAUUUUUUUAAAAAACUCUAAAUUAAACACAGGGUGCAGAUUAAAGAUCAUUAAAAAAAAAAAAAAAAACAUAUUUUUUUUUGUUGGCUGUGUAUGUCACAGCCAGGGGAGGUGUGACUGGGGCAGCAUACACAAACACAACACAAACACAAAGAAAAUUUAUUUAACUUCUAAAUGACAGACAAUGGAGCAGUGAUGUAUACACCAGAACUGCUUCAUUAAGUUGCUUUGAUACUUGUAGUAUGCCUUUAAUGGAUACAUUUUAAAAAAGCAGAAAAAAAAACUAAUUGAUUAUUUCACUUAAUUUGUUUUUAUUGUAUUACUUUUUGUAGCAUAGAUAAGAGAUUGGUCCCGGUCUUGUUUUAAUAGAACACAUAAAGCCAGAAAAUACAGACAGUAACAUGAAUGCUAAGAGUACAAGUGAAAUUACUGAAGCUCUUUAUAGCACUCAAUUUGUCUGCAAACACUACCCUCUGUAAUGUGUUUGUUCAGAAGCAACAACCUUUUCUAUACAAAGAUUAGUUCUACUGCACAGUUUAUGAAAUACAAAGUUAGAUCAUGUGCAGUUCGUGUGUGUAUUGAUAUAUUCAGUGCAUCUGUUUGUUCAAUGUACAUAUCUUGCUUAUUAUUUGAGACUGCUGCCAAUGUUUCACUGAGCUAGGGUAAGCAUAUGUUUCUGUCACCAGAUUUCUUCCUUAAGAUUGCGUGUGCAAGAUUUACAUAAUGUGAAACUUAAACAAGUACUGUUCAUGUCUUGAGAUUACAACUUUUUAUAAAUCAUUGAAAAUAACCUACCAGAAAAGAAAGAUGUGACUCCAACUAGUUGGCAAGGGCAGUUGGACAGAUUGCAUCCUCCUGGAUAGGGGGUUAAACCCUUGAAAAUAUCCAGUGCACUUCUUGCUGUGUAUUGGAAGGCAGAACUGAGUUCAGAACAUAGUUUUCUUGGUACAAGGAAAAUAAAUGGAUGGCAUUUAUCAAAGUGCUUUGAAUAUUCAUCUUUUCGUAGGGAAGUGUGGGCCUAGUCUAAGUAGUAUGGAUUGAUUAGAUGGAUGAAGACGUGGGUAAAUGUGGAAGACGAAAGCUGGAGUGUGUAGUAGUGCCUUAGCCCCCAGGAUAUGUCUCUGUCAAUCUUCCAUUUGUAUUAUUUCAAAUAACUGUAGAUAUAUUCCAUAGUUCCAAUAUGUUUGUGUAGGUUGCAUCUAGAAUAUCUUCAGUUUAAAUGAGGAAAAUUCAGCAUCCCCAUGCAGAGUGUUGAGAAGCUAAACAGCAGUGCUGCCUACUGUGCAGCACUGCCCCAGGAAGCACCUCCAGUGGCCAUCUGAGGAGUGGCCACUUGGAGGUGUCCCUAGGGGGCAGUGUAACGACUGCAUUUUCUGGGAAAAUGCAGUGUUUGCAUUAAAAUGCCUACAGGGAAUGAUUAUACUCAACAGAACAACAACAUUAAGCUGUAGUUCUGGUGACUGUAGGGUCCCUUUAAAGAUCUGAAAACAUAAUGUUAAAAGUCUUGGGAAAUUUAACCAUUUCAAAGUCUAUAUUCAAUCGUAAAAGGUUGUUCAAUCUAGAUUCUAAUAUUAAUGUUUAUCAGUAAUAGUGUUUAUAACAUAACCUUUUCAGGUCAAAGAUCAGAUGCUAUGGUAAGGAGUACCUCAAAACCUCUUUAAGACCUAGCAAGAUUUUCUUUAUGUAAUUUUUUGAUGUGUAACAUAGAUAUAUUAAUAAGAUAUGCCAAUCACAGAAAUUGUAGAGUGUCUGCUGCCAUGUUCAAUGUGUGACUGUUGCAGCUCACCUUAUUUCUGAACGAUAUUUUCUUGAAAACUAAAUGGAGCACCAUGGGACAUGUUGCCCACAAAAAUCUGCAGUGACAAGGUUUGCCAUCGCUAUUGUAUAAGCUGCUGAAAGUGGGGCUCUCCAGACACAAAGAGGUGUAUAAGUUCACUUGUUCUUUUUUGAUUAUUUUUGUUUUAUGUAGAAUCCUGAUUUGUUUUUUGUUUUCUUGCUCUAAAUUUCUAAGCUUGAAUUAAAACAAAAAAAAUUGCAAUCAGUUUUAUCAUGCUGAUUUCAACACUCCAAGGACUAUAGUGCCAUGUUAGAAUGAUCCAAAACUGAUUAAUUAAUGCAAAUUACUAGUUCUGUUUUCCAUGUUCAUGCUGUUGCAGUAAAAAAUGUCAAGAUGUCUGAACCAGUAACUCAUAUUUUAUUCAUAAUGUAGUGACUGCUGAGCUACCCUUGGCUAAUAUGUUGUCCUAUAGUGAAUUAAAACUCAACAAUUAUAUAUUUUAUUCUAGGUGGUACAGUUGCAUGCUGGGUAAGAAGUGCAGUUUGGCACCUUUGAAGGAAGAGCUACGAAUUCACGGGGUAUGUUGUGGUUCUAUAUUUUCUGUAAAAGCUGAAAAUUUUCAUUUUGUAAAAAUCUGUAUAGAUUUAAACUCUUUUCCCCCCACCACCAUCACCAGAAAAAAAUCACUAUUUAGUAGAGUGGCAUAUCUAAAACCCAUUGCAAAAACUGCAGGUCUCUUGUCUGCAACCUUUGCAAGCUCUCUUGUGCUGCGUAACACUCCAACUGGAGUGGCUUCUCUUUGAAACCCUAGUUAACAGAACCUUAUUGUGACAGUUACAUGUUACCACAUAGGUUUGUGGUUUUUCAUAGGGAAAUAUUAAUGCAGAAUAUAUGUUCUAAAACAGGGAAGUCUAAUUUCAUCCACGCAAUUGGUUUUGGACUUCAAUCCAACAAUUCUAUGCAAGCCUUCAUCCAGUGAAGUUAAUAAUUUACAAAAUAAUAUAUUGUCCCCCAAAUAGUUUGUUAAAAUAUAUAUAUACAGCAUACACAUUAAAAUGCCUAUUUUUACACCCUAGGUCCCUAAAGUUGCCUAUACAGAAUUCUAUCAAGGGCGAACAAUGCGUUGGGCUCUGGCAUGGAGCUUUUAUGAUGAUGUUGUCAUUCCAGUAAGUUUUGUUUUUUUCCCUAUACUUAAGGCUGGUCAAUCUAAGAUUAUGAUUGUUUUGUGUGCAAGUAUGUUUUAAAGGGACUUAUUUUUCUUUGGAAAAUACCUCCAAAAUGGAGGACACUGCAUUUUUAUUAGUUUUAACAAAGAGUUGUUCAAAAUUCAUUCAGUAUAUAGUUUUAUAGUUCCUUUAACCUAUGCAUGUCAGAAUGACUCGCCCCUCCAGCUUAGUCAAAAAUAAAAAUCAUAGUUUCAGAUUUUGCAGCUACAUGUUUUUUGCUGUUUUCUAAACUAACAGAAUGUGUAUUGCUGAUGCAAUAAAAUAUGUGCAGUCAAAAAAAUUGAUCAUUUGUGUAUGAAUGUAUGAUCAUAGGCUAAUGUUUCCCAGGCAACAGUUAAGGGUUGUGCACAGAUGUAGGGCUUACUCUGUACAACAUACAGUUAUAAUCAAAAUUAUUCAACCCCCAUUGAAAAUCAGGUUUUGUCAAAAAAUUAUAGACUUUUAGCUGUUUGCAAUGAACAAAUCAAACAAAAGCAAUUGAAAUAGCUCAACACAACAAAUGCUUAAAGUGGUUUCCCCAAAUUCAACUGAAAAUGUAACUUACAAUGACUUCUCCAGUCUCAAAAUUGCCUGAGGCCAACAAGUCUUGCUGCAAGUCGUGUGCAGUUAUUUGAGGGGUUUCCACAACCUGGCUACAGAAAUAUGGUUGUAGCCAUUGAUAGCUUCCCUUUUCUGCCCUCUCUAUGUAGUGUAACCACUGUUUCUUCAACUUUGAACUUGCAAUCUAUUCUUCCAGUGGUGUCUCUAGGAACAUUCAGUGCUUCUGCUUUCUUUUUGUAUCCUGUUCCUUGCUUGUGAAGGACAAUGAUCUAUUUUCUUAACUUUGUGGACCAUACUUUUGACUUAGCCGUAUUUCUAACAUGCAGUCAAAUGUGACACUCCACAAACCCAGUUCAAAUAUUUUAAGUGUUCCAGCUCAAGCACACCUGGUGCAACUAAUGAAGACCUUGAUUAGUUGCAUCACGUGCGCUUGAGACAACACUGCUUUUGCAUAUUUGUCCUGUUGUGAGGGUUUCUGUUCAGACAGUGGAGUAAUUCCUUAUAAGUUGCAUUUUCAGUUGAAUUUGGGUAAACCACGUAAAGCAUUUAUUGUGUUGAGCUAUUUCAAUUGCUUUUGUUCAUUGCGAACAGCUGAAAGUCUGUAAAUUAUGACCAUAAACCUGAUUUUCAAUGGGGGUUGCAUCAUUUUGAUUGCAUCUAUAAUUUAAUUUAAAUUUGUGGUAGUGUAUUGUAAGCAGGGCCAGCCUGUCCAUAGGUCCCGUUGGGACUACGGCUCCAGGCUGCACUCUUACAGGGGCAACAUUUUCCCGCCCCUGUUAUCUUAUAAAAUAUCUUAAUUUGUCCCCUAUUAGCCCAUCCGACGGAGCGGGCUCUAAGGCUGCCCAACAUUUUUAAAAAUUAGGGAUUUCGGGAGGUGGAGGCUGGCCGGGUACUCUGUUUUAGAAACGUUCAACCCUUAAGUAAAGGCGCUCGCAUAUACAGUGCGAACCGGAGCUUUAGUGCUCAGUGUACCUGCACCAGGGCUGCGCCUGUUGCUGUGAGCUGGCUCAAGGUAGGAGCGGCACGCUAUUGAGCCUUCUGACGCAGGAGCCAGCAAACAGAAGUCAGCGGUGGGAGCCGCUGAUACAAGGGUAAGUUUCUGUGUCUGUACCUGCCACAUUUUCUCACAAAUUCCUUCCUAGUCUGUCAUGUACUCUCCACAAACUACCUCAUACCCUUCCCAAUCCUUCUCCAAACUGCAACCUAAACAUCCUCAUUCCCCCAAGACCUGACAAGUUCCCUAAUCCCUUUCCAGAUUGCCACUUAUCCUCCCUAAUCCCUCCCAAAACUGCCCUCUUAUCUCUCUAUUCCUUCCCCAGUGUGCCAUCUCAAUUGCUUAAUUUGUAUCCAGUUUGUCACCUAACCUCUGUAACAGUGAUGGCGAACCUAUGGCACACGUGCCACAGGUGGCACGCUGGGCCUUUUCUGUGGGCAUGUGGCCAUAGAUUCGCCAUCAAUGCAGAGUAGGCACCUGCCUGCCCAAAACGGCAGGCGCCUACUCUGCUUCCGUGUCGGGACGCAGGGGGAGAGAUCUGUGAAGCAGCUCCCCUGUCCUCCCGCGAGCAAGCUGUGUGAAGCGUUGCCGUGCGUUACCAUGGCAACGCUCCACACAGCCUCGCGCGGGAGGACAGGGGAGCUGCUUCACAGAUCCCUCCCCCUGCCUCCCGACACGGAAGCAGUGCUUGCCACCACUGGACCACCAGGCAUGGCUGUGUUCUCCCCCCCCUCCUUCAUUAAAGGUAAGGAGGGAGGGAGUGGGGGAUACUGAUUUAGCAUACUUUUUUAAAUAUAAACACCAGUACUCCUACCCCCACACAGCACCCCUCCCUCCACAGCAGCAUCCCUCCCUAUCCCUACCCCCACUCACACAGCAGCCCUACCCCCACACACACAGCAGCCCUACCCCCCACGCACAGCCUAUUCCCACACAGCACCCUUACCCCCCACACAGCACCCACCCCCCACACAGCACCCUUACCCCCACACACAGCAGCACCCCCCCCCCACAGCACCCCCCCCCACACAGCACCCUACCCCCACACAGCACCCUUACCACCCCCCACACAUAGCACCCCCACAACACACACAGCACCCUUACUCCCAGCACCCCUCAUACACACACACACACACACACACAGCACCCCUCAUACACACACACACACAGCACCCCUCAUACACACACACACAGCACCCCUCAUACACACACACAUACACACACACAGCACCCCUCAUACACACACACAUACACACACACAGCACCCCUCAUACACACACACAUACACACACACACAGCACCCCUCAUAUACACACACACACACACACCACCCCUCAUGCACACACACACAGCAACCCUCACAUACACUACACCCCUCAAUGCAGUAUGUGUGUGUGCGUGUAUUCAGCACCCCUCAUACACACACACAGCACACCACACCACACACAAGCACAUACAGUACACCCCUCAAUGCAGUAUGUGCGUGUAUUCAGCAGGAAGGUUUGCAGCCUCCUUCUAUUAGCUCCCCUGAGCUAACAGAAAUGGCAGGCGCCCUCUACUGCAGUGCGCCUGCCUCCUCCCUCAUAGACCAACGAUCACCUCCUCCAGGCCACAUCAGACAGCCGGACGUGCACGAGACUGCGCAUGUGCACGAAGGUACCAUUUAAAAAAAAUAAAAAUUAAUAAUUUUCAUUUAUAUGUAUAAAGCACCAACAAAUUCCGUAGCACUGUACAAUGGGUGGACUAACAGACACAUAGUUGUAACCAGACAAGUUUCACGGGCAGGGACAGGUUGGCCCUUUUCAGUGAGUUUACAUGCUAGAGGGUGUGGGGUAUAGUGUGACAUAAAGGGGCAGAUUAGAGGUAGAUAUGUAGGCUGCUAGAAAAGUAUUCACUGAAGGCUCAGUGUGCGAGGUGGAAAAGCUGUUAACGGUUUAAUUGAUACGCGUUCCUGAAGAAAUGAGUUUUAAUGAUUUCUUGAAGGAAUGGAGACUGGGUGAAAGUUUAACGGCGAAGGGAGGGGAGUUCCAAAAGGAAUGGUGCAGCCCUGGAGAAGUCUUGAAGGCAAGCAUCAGAGGUGGGAGUAUGGAGAGGAUAGACCUAGGUCUUCAGCAGAGCGCAGUGGCCUAGAUUGGACAUACUUGUGUAUUAGGGAAGAUAAGAAUGUUGGAGCAGCAUUGUGUAGAGACUUGUAAGUAAGCACCAGAAUCUUAAAUUGAGACUUUUCAAUGAGAAGCCUCUGAUUGGGUAUUUACUUGUAAAGUUACUUCAGGGGGGAAAAGGGGAGGGCUUGCUAAGGCUGCAGUACAUAAGAUCUGCAGCCUUUGCAAGCUCUUUUAAGAUUUACUCCCAAUGAAAAUAUGCAUGAAAAAUGCAUGCAUGUAUGAAUUGAGAGUAGAUCUAUUAAACAGUGAUUUUCCAAUGUUUUGGGCAGUAGAGUGUCCCUUUAAGCAAGACAGUCACAACUUAAGGAUCUUUAGUUCUACAGGAAACUUAUUAUAAAUUAAUAUGGCACAGAUACUUAGGUAAACAAAUAGGUCUAACUGUCAUACUCGUUGCCUUUCUUUUGGUUUAUAACAACUCUGGAAACACCCACACUACCAGAGAAGCUUGCUCACUAUCAUUACUACCCUUAAAGUGGCUCUGUCACCUUGUGGGGUCUUUGCAAAGACACUCAAUGGUGGCAUUGCCACUUGCUGUGCCGAGGACAAGUAGUUCAGGUGAAGAGUAGGUAUUACUUGCCUGAAACUGUCUCUCCUGGCUGCUGCCAUCUACAUCUGUGGGAUCUUGUCCAGGUCCUAGGGCUCAAAUCCUAGGAGGCCCAAUAAGUGCUGGACUCUCUCACAUGUAUGAGAAUAUAACACGGUCUAUGGAGGAUCUUGCGAGACUGCCCUUUUCCUCAUUUGCAUCAGAUCAACAUUAAGUCCUCCAUUCUGCUUCCUGCUCCUUACUUUUCAUCCCUGACCUCAAAAAGAAUUGUUGAGCAGCUUUCUCUUUUAGAUCCUUGUUUACUUGAAAUAACCUUCUGGAGAAUAUAAAAUCUGCCACCAAUGUGAAGUCCCUAAAAACUUCUGCAUCCAUAUAUCUUCAAUCGAAACUGCUCUCACUCAUAAUUUUAUUGUAUAUGUCUAUGGUAUGUGUAACAAAGUAUUUAUAAUUGUGCUUUGUCACAUGUUAAAUAUGCUCCCCAGAAUAAGUCUUUGAAAAUAAGAGAAAUAUCAAUGCAUUGUUCCUGGUAAAAUUAUUAUAAAUAAGACCAAAGUGAGAAAAGGUAAAGGUAGCAAGAAUUUGCAGGUGGGAGUUUGGACCUAGACAAGGAAGUAUUACAAUAGCGGUGGUUAACAGCUUAGAACAUAUUUAUUUUGUUUUCUAAACUGUGACCUUAAAAUCUUUCAGUUGAAGUUAAAUAAUUGAUCAGAUACCUCACACACUAAACUAACACGUGUGAAAUUCCAGUCUAAUAUUUCUGCUUUGCUAUACCUUGCUAUAAUGUAAGAUGGAACAGGAUCAAGGAAUGACAAUCAUAUGUAGUGUUUAUGGCUUCUAUUUGGUUUUGUUUUUUUCCCUCAUUCUUUCUUUCCCUGUGGCAGAGGUGAGUUAUUCCCCUGAGCAGCUUCUGAAGCUGCUCAGGGAAAUGUUUUACCUUGGGGAAAAGCUUUUGCACAUCUAAAUGCCAAUUUGCUGAAAGCAAAGAAACAGUUCUUUACAAAACAUAUUCAUCAAGUGGUAAUUUUCAGUGAUUUUAUUGAUUUUAAAGUUUUUUUUUUUUCUUUUUGAAGUAUGUUUUUUUUUUUCUGUAUAGGUGUUUAUUAUGUUAUGGAGAACACAUAUACCAUAUUGCUCUAUAAUCGAUGUGAUAUGUACAUAUCACAUCAAUUAAACAGCACUGUGGUAUAUGUUGGUGUUCUCCAUUAAAUAGUAAAAAACCUAUACAGAAAAAAACGCAUUAUACUAUACUUUUCAUCCAGUGUAACCUAAAUAUGCUUUCUAUGCCACUUCCGUAAAUUAAUCUGUAGAUUUUAAUCAGUAUCACAUGUACAAAAUGUUUUGACAAAAGGUGUUCAAAUACAUAGCAGUAGCUUUUAAAUGCUAAAUAUUUUAACAACAAAAGGACUAGUAAUAAAUUAUAUCUGGGAUGUAGGAAUUGUUAAUUCCAUUCAUUCAUUUAUUUUAUUAAGGGGUUCACAUUAGAGGGCAGUAGCAGAAUUGGAAAAUUAAAAAAAUGUUGUGUUUCUGUUUUGAGUUCUUCACAAUUUCUGGUUUUAUAAAUUCCUUGGUUACUCGUUCUCACAAAAUGUUCCCAUAUAGAAGAGAAGAUGUCCAUGUGAUUGACAUGUGGUCGUUGGAUUAUUUUUUACUAUCUCAUGAUAUAUCUAGUGUUUUAGCAGCUGUUAUUUUUAUUUUUUUUAUAAUGAAAGUGUUUAUUGGAUAAGACAUUUUACAAGCUAUGUAGUCAUUAGAUACACAUUCAAUGACAUACUAUUAGUCUCUGGACUAUGGACCACAGGUAAGUGGAUUCAGUUUAUGGUCUAUAAUGCUGAAGCUAUGGAGAGACAGAAGAGCAGAUGGUUUGUAGUUUAGCAGGUUAUAAAAAGUGGCCUCUUUCCACAUUCCUUCUAUGGUAUUUGUAUUGUCAUUUUUAAAUUAUUUGUGUAUUGACUGCAGGUAAUAAGAGGAGACUGUACAUUCAAGGCAACAGUCGAUUGGUACAUCAUAAGUGAUGACAUCAUGUUCAUGUUGCUAACAAUUGUUUUAAGUUAUGACACAAGCAAUGAGGUUCUGGGUUUGUUCGAAGCGAGUAGUUAAGCAUCAAGUGUGCCGCAAGGCCCUCAUUUGAGUACCCACUUUUAGCUGUUAUUUUUUUUAAAGAGACACUACUGGCACCAAUAAAUGUUUUGCAGAAUGCUGCACCACAAGCCUGGCUCAAUAGCCACACCACCUUGUCCUAGAAAGCAUUCCUUAUCAAAGGUAUGCACACCGUCUCAGCCCCUCACAUCACCGAAUGAGCUGUGUUAAAAUCACAACCUGGCUGCAGAAAGUCAGAGAAACUACAAACACGUAGUUGAUAUCCUUUCUAUAUGUCUUCUUGGGUGUCAUCUCAAUCUAAUGCAGGUUGCUUUGUAGUUCAUAUCAUUCAGUACUGUCAGUUGCUCAGCUGUGUGCAUGCCUAUUUGAUAAAUUAUUUUUCUGGAAUGAGGGGGUGGAACUGAAGAGACAGGUUUAUGGUGCAGCAUUCUGUAAAACAUUUUUUAGUGCCUGGAGUGUUCCUUAAGUGAGUUUUAACAAGAUAAAAAUAAUGAUUCCUAGGAAUACUGUGGAAAUCCUACAUAACAAGAACAUAUUGUAAUCAAUACAUUCUGCUUGCAAAAGUAACAGGAAUUGGAGAUGUUUUUUGUUGUUGCACAUUUACAGUUCAGCGAGACACCCGUUAACUCAUGUGCAUUUCACAAUGCUUGUUGCUCAAACCCAGAUUCCUGCCUGGCAACCAAAUUGCUAGAAAGUGUAUUAAUACAACUUUAUUUCAUAUGGAAUAUACUAGAAGACUGAUAAAACUGCACACGUGGUAAAUUGCAGUGCAGUUUUAGAAAUUUAGCAUAAUGAAUGUUUGUCAUUUUAAUGUUGAUAUUAUAAAGUUCCACAGUGCAGAUUUUGUAAGACAGUAGCCAUAUAUUGGGCACCAUUUUUGUAUGUUUAUGUAAUGUUUGUUUACUAUCAGACCUAUCACAGCAGUCAAGAACAUAUGGAUGUAGGAUACAUAUUACCAGAUUGGCCAAGCUUAGUAUAGAAAUCUUAGUUGAGGUAAAAUACAAGAAAUUCUCUAAGGGAAAAUUGUAGUCCACAACAACUCCAGGGUCUGGAUGCAAGAAAUGAUCAGAAGCCAAAAAGCUAGCCUGGGUCAGAAAUACCAAAACAGAUAGCCGUAUGAGCCAGGACAUAACAAAACACCAAUACACUAAAGUGCCAACAACACUGUAAAAUGCUGACCAUCAUCUGACUGACUAAUUAUCUUUACUGUGUGUGGAAGAUGGUGGCUACAAUUGGGUACUCAAAUAGCAUUCACAACAUUUUGGAUCUUUGAAGAGACGCCGUGGAAGACUGCUGCUUGAAGUAAGUCCUGACUGCAUGGCUCAAGAUUUCCACACAUGACUUGCCAUUGGACAAGGAUAAAUUCACCCCUGGUAAAUAUGCAGUGGCGAGUAAGGCUUGGCUAGUAGCAUAGGACUUCAAGUUUUAAUCCCUGCUGACUGGAUUCUCUCUAAUACACAAUAACUGUAAUCUCACUUGUCAUAGCUUUGGUUAGGUCUUUUUCUCUGCUUAUUGAAGUAUUUUGCCAGUUGCUCUCUUAAAAGAAGCAAUCUGAUACAACCUGGAAAUAUCUUCAUCUAGAGGAGACAUUUUAGCUGUGUAAGAGCUUUGGGUCCGAUUUACUUAUACAUAGCCUGUGGGGGAGUAGUGCUUUACCUUUUGUACAACCUACAUGUGACAGACUGGUCUACUAAUGACCAUUUGUCUGGAGGAUUAGACACGCAUACUGGUUUUUCUGGGCUUAACAAAUUAAAAAGGCAUUAGCUGAAAGAUUCUAUCACACUAUAAGCAUAUUCAUUGCUUGGGACGAGAGAAUGGAAAGUAAGAUCACAUCUUGGGCUAAAUGUCAGUUGCUGAAGGUUUUGGUUUUUUUUUUCUUUUUUUUUUUUUUUCUCCUUUUUUCUCCUCAUAUAUAAAAAUGAAAUGGCCUUUUCAGCUUAAAUUAGAGGGAUCUUUCAUAAAAAAAAUAAAUAAUAAUUUUAUCGAUUUCAUGUUUUCUUUUUGUUCUUACUAGUUGGGGGUUAACUGCAGAUGUCUAGUCUCGCAAUUACAAUGCACAGGCUUGGCAUUAAAUAGGUAUGAUUGGAAGAAGCUAGUGAAAGGUCUUAAAGGAUGACUAACUGUGAUUUCAAGCCGAGCGUGGCUUGAUAGAAUUGAUUGUUUUUUUUGCAAUGUUUCGACACUUAAAGCUGCAGCUCUCACAUUCUGUGCUUUUCAGUGACUUGCAGUAUUAAUCUGCACUAAACAUUAAAUACAUUUUUAAAAGCAAUAGAGGAUUCAAAAAGUAAGCAAGUGCACAUAUUCAGCUACAAAAAUAUAUGCAUAUUUUUAUUAAAAUUUGUAUUUAGCUGUGCUUACCGCGUGUACAUUAAAGUGUGUGUGUAUGUUUGUAUAUAUAUAUAUAUAUAUAUAUAUAUAUAUAUAUAUUUUAAAUUUAUUUAUUUUUUAUCAUUAAAUUUUUUAUUUUUUUGCUUUGAUUGUAUUAGGGCCAAAUCACACAGCUCAUCAUUAAAAGUCGCCAAUACCGACACAAUAGGGCAGCCCGUGACUCUCCCCCAUGCUGGUUUAGUAAAGAAGCAAAGCGAUAUUACAUUAGAUUGUUAGAAUAAUUUGGGUGUUGAAAACGGCCGCUAAUUAUACCACAGUCAAGAAUUAUGUGCUCUGAUUAAAAAAAAAAAAAAAAAGCAAUUUUUAAGAAGCUGGUGUGUGUGUGUGUGUGUAUGUAUCUAUAUAUUUACAUAUGUACACAGGCUAAAAAAGAGCUAAACUUAAAAGAUCUCAAUAUAUUAAUAUAUUAUUACAUUUAUUUUAAUCUUAUGAAUAAAAAAAAACAAUAAAAAUUAUGUUUGACAGAAUUAAUAUGGAUUUUCAUACAUGUUUCAUAGAGUUUUAAAUAAUUCCAUAAGUACACAGUCUGAAAUAUGUUGCACACAGCUAUGGUCAGAGCAAGUUUUAGAUUUAUCACAGUUUUGUUGUUGAAAGGGGGGAGAUUGUUUGAAGGAAAAUAAGUUGGUCAUUUUGUAGGAUUCUGUUCCAAAAGAACAAUUGACUGAAAAUAUUGACCUUUUCAGGGCUGCGUGACCUCUCUAGCAUAUUUUAAACUGUAUUUGCCUUUUUAAACUUAGGGCUAUUUUUUUGUUAGUAUAACCCAAUACUGCUUUAUAAUGUGUUCUGUUGUCUUGUGUCUGUUUCAAACUCAUGUAGUCUAUUUGGUAACUUUUAUUUUCUUUGUAAUGUUGAACACACAGUAAGCAAAAACAUUUUGAAAUGCACAUUAAUAUUGCAUGGCUGUGGUAAAUUCAAAGAUAUAUUUUUCUGUUGUUUCUAUUUAUGCAGCCCUGGCUGUUACUCAUACAUAUAUUACAACAUUGAUAUCGCAUUAAGUGGGAUGUUGGUCUUCGGGGAAAAGGGGGAGCUGGCCAGUCAAUCAACAGAGCGGGUGAUACGAAAUUCUAUAAUUCAACGAACUUUGUUUAGACUAAAAUAUUACAUUUUUAUUUUUUCAGGACGUACAUGGGGAGGCUGUGUGAAAUUUAGACAGGGGAGGUAUGGCUAGAGCUGCAUAAACAAAGUUUGCGCCUUUUUCAAUGGUUUUCCUAUGUUGUUUCUGUACACUACUGUUAAAAGCCCCAGUGGUUUACGAACAAGCAGUACUGGACUUUACAUUUUUGUUAUAUAUAUAUGUGUGUAACUUCUUUAUAAGAUAUAUAUAUUUGUGGUUGUAUACAAUAAGCAGAGUUAUAGUAAUGGUGGUGUAAGUCGGUUGUGGUGUGCCGGAACCGACGUUCGGGUAGGCCUGUAAAAGAGGGGCCCACCAAGAUGAAUGGUUUAAUAAAGUGAGUGGCGGGUAGGCUGAACCAGCCAGUCUCAGCCCAGAAGAAGGGUAGGUCAGUGUAUUUAUAGGCCGGGUAACUCCUCUCACAACUCAAGGCUUUGCAUAACGGCUCAACCUUUUUAUAUAUAUAUAUAUAUAUAUAUAUAUAUAUAUAUAUAUAUAUAUAAAAUCUCAAAAUACACUUAGAAUUAUAAAAUAUAUAGUGUGUGUGCUAUUUUAUUUUAUCAUUUUUACAUUAUAAUUAAUAAAAUCACAUAAUUAUUUAAGGGACCUGCCUGACGACCUAGAAAUAGAGAUGUCCCGAACUGUUCGCGAACUGUCCGCCGGCAAACAAUAGCGUGGGCGAACAUAUCCGUUUUCCGGUCCGCCCCCUAUACGUCAUCAUUGAGUAAACUUUGACCCGGAACCACACAGUCAGCAGACACAGCAGAAUGUGUCUGCUGGCUGUGAGGUUCCGGGUCAAAGUUUACUCAAUGAUGACCCAAUCAGCAGCAGAUCAUUGAGUAAACUUUGACCCGGAACCUCACAGCCAGCAGACACAUUCCACCCAAUCAGCAGCAGACCCUCCCUCCCAGGAAGUGUCUGCUGACUGUGUGGUUCCGGGUCAAAGUUUACUCAAUGAUGACGUAUGGGGGGCGGACCGGAAAUCGGAUAUGUUCGCCCAACGCGAACACACUAUUGUUCGCCGGCGGACAGUUCGCGACAUCUCUACCUAGAAAGUCCAGAGAAUUUAAUUUGCAAUCCCUAUAUUUAACCCUGUGACUUAUGAAAACACCAUGAAACCUGUACAUAUUGGGCUUCUGUUGUACUUGUGAGACUUCGCUGAACAGAGCUAUUAGUGUUCUAAACACUAAAACUUGUAAUUUUGAUGAUCUCAUCAGGAAAAAUUCAGUUUUUGUGUGAAAAAAAAAUAAAUAAAAUAUAAACACUAUUUUUGGCUAGGAUUUGUGACUAAGUGGCUACUAAAAAAGAUUGGACAUACCCCAUUCUGAAUACCCUGGGUAGUCUACUUUAGCAAAUGGUAUCAUGAUGGAGGUAAUUCUCAUUCCUGGGCUGCCAUGUGGUCUCAAAGGCAACAUAGGCUCAGCAAAGACAUUUGGCAAACUAAAACGGGAAAGCCCUAUAUUGUAACUCCCCCCUGUUUUACUUAUCUUUUUCUCCCUCAAAGCACCAGUCUCCCCGCUGCUGUCCUGACUUCAUGACUGAGAUCAUCAAGAUUGAUGACCUCUGCGAAUCCAGUUCUUUCCAAUUGUGUGGCAAAACACAGCGCCGUGGCAAGUUUCAUUCCGCUAUUUCAAUGAAAGCUUCCCUAGUGGCUCUUAGUUCAAUGUUUUACAUUGCAGGUUUAAAAUGGCCUACAGAAUAUUGGAUAACAUACCACCCCAACCACUAAACGGAGAUGAAGUAGUUUGACCAUUUAAAUGCAGACCUCUUGUCUUUUGCUUGGUCCUGUUAAUGAAAAGGCUGCAGGAUCCAUUUUGUAGCCUGUCUCUUGCACUUUCCAGUUUUUUGAUGUUCAAUUCUCAAAACUGGUGCCAAAGACUUUCAAUAUGGGGUAGUUAAUGUGUUCACAUUAUGUAUGUAAUCUGGUGUGUUUUUAAAAAAUUUUUAUUAUUAAAUAUUUCAUAUCUUUGUACAGUGGAUCUUUUCCUUAUGUCAACCAGUGUUGCACAAGUUGAAGUCUACCAGUAGAAAGCUGAUUAAGGCUAUUUAAAACCCAAGUACAAAUAAUCAUAUAUGCUUUCAUCAUGUUACUCUAAUAUCUACCCUUGGCUAACAUUUAAUUUGAACACCUGCAGUGUCUGCACUUAUGCAUUGCAAGCAAAUCCUGUUCAAAGCACACAUUUUCAACCAGAUGUUAUGUUUCUCAAAAUCUUUGGGGGGGUUUUCACCCCGAAUGUUUGACCGCCUUAUUAAAUGAAAUGUGUGCUAUACUGCUGCAUUACAAUUAUAAAGCUCAUUUAAUGUGCCCCAGCAGACACCCUUAUGAAUGCUGAGUCUAUAUAAAUGAUUCAAGUUUGUUUAAUUCUUCUCUAACCGUGAAAAUGAUAUAUGCGAUUUAAGCUAAUUACAAAAACCACAUGUAUGCACUUUAGCAUUGAGUGACAUAUAAAACAUAUCUGUGUUUAGACUGCCUUUUUGUCCUUCAUUUCCAUCUUUGUAUUUGCUAAAAUACUGACAGUAGUUUCCUCUAGUUCAUCAAAAUUCAAACUAUAUUCCAAGGAGCAAGCCUAUUUUGCAGCAGAAAUGUGCAGAGUUGGCUAAAUCCAUUCCAGCAGAACGAAUUGUUGAUCAAGACUAGAAUCCAUAUAGAAUGUUGAUUAACAUGUAAGCAAAUUCACUGGUGAGAUAUGUCAAUAGUCCAUAAACCUUUGGCAAGAAAAGUGUGUUUAAACUGCAUUAACCUCUGAAGGUCCCCUCCCCGUAACUUGACAAUGGCAGUCUACAAUGUAGAUAUAAAAAUAAUAUAUGUAAAGAGCAAACAAACAAGCAUGUGUGCGCUCUUGUAUGUGAUGUGUGCAAAAUCUGUAUAAGAUGCAUGCUAUGUGUUAUAGUGUGUGUGUAUGUAUAUAUAUAUAUAUGUAUAUAUAUAUGUGUGUAUAUAUAUAUAUAUAUAUAUAUAUAUAUAUAUAAUGUGUGUGUGUGUGCGCGCCUUAACUAUAAGUUAAAGUACGAAUGUGCAGCUCACAAUAUAAAAUUAGGAAUAGCGACUUUGUUUAUCUUAGUUAGCUUCCCUUUAACAUUACAUAAUGUCAACGAUAUCAAUUGAAGGAACACCCUAAUUUGUUAUAUACAAUAAUAUUGUAUAAAAAAAUAUAAAAAAAACAACUAUUAGUAGCCUUAUAUGUAACUAAUAAGCAUAAAAAAGUAUAUAUAUGCAGCACACAGUAAAACAGUACAGGUGGUCCUUGGUUUACGACCUACCUGUUUUACGAUGGCUUGCACUUACAACCAGCUCUCUAGCGUAGGGAUUCAAGGGGUUCCCACGUCAGAGAGUUGGUUUACGUUCAGGGAAUUUUCCCCGGAUAUAGAUUAGAGGGAUUCCCUGCUCUGGUGCGUAUGUCUACAUUCGGGUAAAAUUUUCCCGCACCGAGCAGGGACUCCCUCUAAUCUAUGUUCUGGGAAAUUUCCCCGAAUAUAGAAAAACAUAGCAGAGCAGGGAAUUCAUCUAAUGUAUGUUCGGGGAACGUUCCCCGAACAUAGAUUUGAAGGAUUCCCUGCUCUGCUGUGCUUGUCUAUGUUCGGAGAAAUCUCCCCGAACAUAGACCUGCACAGGUACGCAUGCUGUGUAGCACAUCCUCACUACCAACCAAUUAGUUUUACGACCGAGUUGUAAGAACGGAACCCGAUCGGUAAGUGAGGAGUAUCUGUAUUAGACAAUCUAAAAGGAGCUUAAUAUAUACAAUCUUAAAGCGGCACUGUUACCGUUUGGGGACUUUACAAACUUGUGUUCCUAGCACUAUAGCUCCCUAUAUUGCCCUUCCACGCCACUUCCACUUGCAGUGCAUUUCCCCUUUUGUCACUUAACUGAAUCCAGCGCCGAUGUCCCUCAGCGCUGGUUCAGGCUUCGCCUUGGGUCCUCUGACGUCGGGGACCAAAUGCGCAUGGCGGCGAGCAAGGUUUUGGGUGACGCUGUGUGAGGACAUCCAGCGUCAGGCCACCAAAAUUUGCUUAACGACCCAGAAGUCCCUCUAGUGGUUGUGUCCAGAGCUGGAGUUAACCCUGGGUAGUAAUUAUUGCACUUCAAUGAGCUGAAGUCUGGGUGCCUAUAGUGUCCCUUUAACGAAGAAUUGGAUUUCCAUGUCUUGUAGGUCUCCAUGCUAGAGAGAACUAAAUACACCAUCCAUAUUCAGGAAAAGUUUUUUUUAUAUAUAUUGGCGCUGGAUUCAGUUAAGUGACAAAAGGGUUUUGCACUGCGGGUGGAAGCAUUUGUCUGGCUACAAUUACGUGACUGUUACUGUUUGUUACCCAUUGUACAGCGCUAUGGAAUUUGCUGGCGCAAUAUAAAUAAUAUAAUAAUAAUAUGAUUUUAACUCUUUUUCUUAAGGCCUUAAUUUAAUAUUAUUGGAUAAGCUUUCCAAAUAACCUAAAAGUUGGAUAAACUAUUUUUUUAUAUAAUGAUAUAUUUAUAUUUUCUUAAUAAAAUGUUGAAAUAUUUUAAAAGUUAAUAUUAAAUCAUUUAGAAAGCUUAUACAUGAAUAUUAAAUCAGUUUUGUUUAGCAUGUAAGGAUUAUCAGGUAAGGACAUUUGAGUAGGAUCUUUUUUAAUUCCUGCUCCUGUAUGUCUGCCUUGCCUUUUUGCAACUGCUUGUUUGUUAGUCCACCUCUUUAUAACACUACAGAAUAUAUUUGUGCUUACAAUUAAUAAGUCACUACUUUUCUGUGAUUAUAAAAUCAGCGCAGUACGUUUUCCUUGAAUGCUUCUUGUAGUAGUUUCUGUCUCCAUCUAGUGGUUUGUGAGUAAAAAUAAAAAUGUUCAAUCAUGUGAGAUUCCCAGCAACCGCCUACAUAAACUAUUUUGUGGAAUACGGGCUGCAAGUGAAAAUUCUUUGACUGCAGUUUGUGCAUGUGAAUCAAGAUAACCAAAUUUUCUGUGUCUCUUGAGGGGAAAAUAAGUGUGAAGUUGAGAUUUGUCCAUCCUGUAUUAAAGGAACACUCUAAAAAAAUAAGAAAAAUAUUUUUUUUUCUUGAGUGGUAGCAUCUAGAUUAGUGUCCUAUUAAAAUUGGCAAUAAAACUCUUCUUUAUUCCAGUGAUAUAUCCGUCUCUAUAUAGCAGCUGCUCCAUCGCUCAUCUGGCGAACUCAUUUGUAAUGAGGACUUCUGUCCAGUCCAAAGCCUUUUCUCUGAAACAACAAGAAAAGACAACAUUUAUGCACCAGAAGCUCUUCAUUGAGACAAAGUGAUUUGGGCACUUUGAGAGUUUAUUUAAAUGCGUGCCUUUUGGAAGUCUUAAAGUUUAUCUGUCUUCUGCUUUUGAAAUAUUCCUUACUUGAAGUUUAAGUGCUAAUCACAUUUUUCCCAUUUUUUUUUUAUUUUUUCCAUUUGAUUUCAGAACCCUCCUAAAAAACGGAAGCUUGAGAAGCCACGUAAACCCAUGGUGUUCACAGUACUAAAUUCAACUGUAAAAAUGCUGCAGGCUAAAUCUUCCAAAUGCACAGAGGUCAUAGGAAACGUUGGAGUGGUUUCUGAAUGGUUGAAGAAGAUCUUGACUGAACUGAAGGUAGGACAUCUUUGACAGCUAUAAUGUCCGUUUUAGAGGAUUCUACAAAUGGUUAUAAAUGCCAUGAAAAUUGGACAACACAUCCAUUAGAUAUUAAUUAGUUUUGGUUUUACCCAUUGAUGUUAUGUACGAGGGAUCCUAUUCUAAUUGCCAUGACCAGUAAUGUUUUCACAGUACAAAAAUUUUAAUUCUGGCUAAUCCACAAAAAAUAUUCACAGCUGUGUUUCUUAAAGUGUUACUCCAAGCAUCAUAAUUGCCACAGCCCACUGUAGUGGUUAUAAUCCUUAAAGUACCCUGGCCUGUUUACCCAGUAAUUGGCCAUACUGUUUAGUAAUAGUUAGCCAUCUUACCUGGAUUCCAUCGAGGCUUCCUGCUGCUGAGGUGUUGAUGUACUUCUGGCUUCUGCAGAGCUGGAGAAGAUGGAAGCCAAUGCCAGUCGACCUUUAUGGGCUGAGAGUAUUACACUUUGCACACACAAAAAAUGCACAGAAUUGACAUUAGCCAGCCUGGAACUCUAGUAUUCAGGCUGCUGAAGACAUCCCAUGAUGCUGCCAGAGAUAGAAGUUAUACCUCCUGCAUAAUUUUUGCACAGUCUUACAGUGAAACACUGCACAUAGACUCCAAGCACCAUGACCAUAACCACUUCAAAUCAAUUAAGUGGUUAUGGUGCUUAGUGGUAACCGUAAAAACAUGACUUUACAAACAAUCUGUGUUUCAUUGUGUUUUUAUUCAGAGCUUACUGAAUAACCUGGAGUGUGUUGACUUCUUUUCCCUGAAGUCUCUCUGUUGUCCCCAUGGUGUUGUGUAAAACAGGAGGUAGGUGUAGCGCCUAAAUAGUCCUUAUCAGGGAGUAUGUAACGAUACUUACAUACCACACUAUCGUUUUCUACUCCCUGAUAAGGAAUAUUUAGGCACUACACCUACCUCCUGUUUUACCCUGCAUCUUACCGGAAACUGGUGUUUUAGCUGCCAUUGGACUGUUAUCAUCUUACUUAAGCGCUGAAUUAUAGUUGCUGGUAUGCUAUUCUAUAGUGUGUGCUGGCUGUUUGCAAUAUGUGUAGUAAGCCAGCUUUUUGUAAUGUGUGUUGUAUUUGCUUUGCCGCUGCCCUCUCCCCAUCUUGUAUAAUUUCUGCAGGGAGGAGAAGUUAUCAACCCUGGUGGAUCAGUAGAGAAGCAACAGAAGUAGACUACAGGAAUUACUCCCUCACAGUCCUGGGACUCAGUGUGUUGGAGCACAGAUUGAGAAUAAGUGGUUGUGCUGUGACUCCAUUAGUGUGCUCUGGACUGUGAGUGAUUACUGAGGUCUGCACCUGCACUAUAACUCCCUGUAGCAGUCCUGCCAUUUGCCUAUGGCAGAGCUCAAAGCAGAAAAAGACUGCCUUUCCAACGUCAACAUCAACCAAUAGGAUUGCCCCACCCCUGUAUGUGCUCUUGAUAUGAACCUUGUUUUUCAUUUGCUUUAUUAGUAGUUAUAACAUGAAUAUGCACAAAAUUCUGAAACCUGGGGCACACACCACUCAACAUUGUAAGAACAAGUGCAGGGACAAUUUUCAUUUACAGAUUGUCUCUUGUAAGUCUACAGUUCCUUAUUUACUAUACAGCAAAAGGUGAGGACGUUUGCACCAAUAAAAUUGUAAUAAAAGAUAUUGCCAAUGGGAGAUAAAUACAGAAUAAUAAAAACCAACAGUAAAAAAAAAAAAAAAGGCUAAAUAUAACCAAUAAAAUGUGCAAAACUGCAAGGAGAACAGCCAAAGCUUGUAGGAAAGUAUCUUCUCUACGGAGUUGCCAGAUCAAAAAAUGUUUGGGAUCCAUAUCAAAAUACAAAAAAGAGGAAAAUACAAUAGUGGUGUAUAUCACGACACUAUAUGACACUAAUAAUUCAUAGAUCUUACGGAGUCCUACUUAAGUUUUCUAGAGCUAGAACCAGCUCUAGAUUUUUUUUAUUUUUUUUUAUUUUAUUUUUUUUAUUCUAUUCUAUUGCUUUUUAUUCUUCUGUAUCUAUUUCCCAUUGGGAAUAUCCUUUGUUAUAAUUUUAUUGGGGCAACCUUCCUCUCAUUUUGCUGUAUUGUCCUGUUCUUUUUGGGGUUCGUGAGGGAGACCCUUCCUUUAGGUGAACUGCCUUUUCCUUAUAAUUUGGUUUGGUCGAAUAGCGCUCAUCCGUUGUUUUUCUUUUUCUGUGUUCCUUAUUUACUAUAGGUGCAGAUUAUCACGGUAAUGUCAGACCUAUAUGCCUUCAUUAAACGUACUUAUUUUGCAUACUUUACAUUUGUGAACAUUUUGUUUAACAGGUUCAGCAUAAAUAUGUCACAUGUGGAGAUAAAGAAGAGAGCUUGUUCCUUACAACGAUAGAAAACUCCUGGGUUCACAUACGCAGAAAAAAAAGAGAGAGCACGAGGCAACUGAGAGAAUUACCCAGAGCUCCUGAUGACUUAAUGAAGAUGGAGGCAAGCCCAGUAAAAAAAGAGGCUUUAAAAGAAGACUAUCAAAUACCAGAGGCAGCACCAAUUACAUGUAAAAUUGACUCUACAUCUUCAAACACCAGUUCCAUUGUACCUUUACCUUCAAAUUCUGAUAGCUUUACCCAUGUUGCUCCAUUCCUUACUAAUGAUCCUAAUCUGAAAUCGGAGGAAAAGGAACAAAUGACCACGAAACCAGAUGAAGCAUCACUUAGUGAACACCUUGUAGAGAAUGAGCAUGACUCAACCGAAGAAAUUAUUCAGUCUGCUGGCGAAAGCACGCCAAAAACCCAAAGCAUUGGUAUUCCUUUUCUUUUUAAGUGUUUAAUGAACAUUAAAGAAGAGUCCAAUGAUGUACUGGUUGAGAUGCACUGGGUUGAAGGCCAGAACCGGGACUUGAUGAAUCAGCUCUGCACGUACCUGCGCAAUCAAAUCUGCAGGAUUUCAACUAGCUAGCUUACUUAGAAAUUAUCAAUAGUUAAUUAGAAGUUGGCUAUAUUUUUCACAAGUGUGUAUGUUUUUUUUUUUGUUUUUUGUUUUGUUUUUUAUACAAUUAACCCUUUUAAAUGACAGCCCUACCUACUACUACUUCCUAAAGCAUAACUUUUUAAUAACUUUUUUAGUUUUAUUAUGACAUUUAUUUCUGACAAAAUUGGCGGUGGUAGUGGGACCUCAAUAGGAAUAAAAAUACAUCAGUACAAUGUUAUUCAUCCUCGAAUCCAUAUAUGAAUUGUCUCAUUGAAAGCUAAAGCGGUUUCAAAUUCUUUAAGUAUUCUUCCGUAUGCUUUUGCAUUCUCAAAAACGAGACAAUAAUGAAAUAUAAACUUGGCCAAUAAGGCAGGUAAACCACACUAGAGUGUCAAGACUUUGCAAUUUUAUGUAAAUACAUUGUAUUUUUUAAGUGAUUGUCAUUGUGUGCUUUUUCUUUCAUUACAAAUAGACAAUAUUUCCUACUUAAAGCACCAAAUUGUGAAAUAUGCGGUGGUGCGCCAAUUCUCCAAAUCAUCUCUACCAGGAUUAGAAGACCACUAUUGACUCUUCUAAUCUACUUUGAAUAUAUAUAUUUUUAAAUAUGUUUGUUUAUCAGCCAUCAGCAAUAUUCCAUUGUACUUAUAUUUUUCUGUUAUUCUUUUGGAGUAUAUUUUCUUAUUUGCCAUUCUUUUAAUUAAACAUUUCAC